GAUUUCUGUGAAGACAUGUUUGCUAUUGAUCCAGUCUCAGUGCUUCUAGCAAUAAUUGUCUGUCUAUUUUUGCUAAAUACUUUUUAUGACGGGAAAGGAAAUAAGUACAAAAAUUUUCCUCCAGGACCAAAACCUUUGCCAAUAAUUGGAAAUUUGCACAUUUUGGAUAAAAGAAAACCAUUUAAAACAUUUCAAAAGGUAUUAUUUCUUCUAGCAGCAUUGGGUAAAUUAGCAGACUGUAUUUACAUUUAGGCAGAAGUGAAACGUACUUAAAUCUUAAGUCUAAUAUGAUAGAAAUCAUGGCAAAUGAACACUGUAACAGAUCACCUGGCACCCCGACUGGGUACCUCCAUUGAUGGAUGCUCCUAGCGCUUCUUGAGGAUUCCAAGCACUCUAGCCUACACCACAAGCACCGCAGGCCAAACCUCUCUUCCCUCAGAGCAAAGCAGGAACGAGCUCUAAAAAAAGAGCUUAGGAGUGAUUAUAGCAAGGGAAUAUGCAGAGCAUAUUCCACCAAUGCAGAGCAGAUUCCCCCAAUAAGAGACAGGACUCCAAAUUCUGGAUACGUUUGUGUCAGACGCUCGUUUGUACAUUGUAUUUCUGGUGAUUUUUGCAUAUUCCAAAGUUGUGUUUUCUGAAAAGAAAGUAUCUUGAAUAAGAGGUCCUGUGCAUCAUUGAUGUUGUGAGUUGGAUUCUGCUAAUAUUAUCAGGUUUUACUUCCCCUUGUAAGCUUAGGGUCACCUGGUCAUUUCUACUUAAAGACAUAACUGCUGUGUAUGGGGAAGUGGUAUCACCAGAGUUUGUCUACAUCCUAAUUUUAAUUAAUACUCGUUUCAAAUAACAGUUAAAGAGUUGCAUCAUCUCAUAUAUGUUAAUAAUGUUUUUCUACUGCAAAUCUUGGUUAUAUCUGCAUUGUAUAUACACCAGAGAAUCUAAACAAAAAUCAGGAAAGCAGAUGAAGCCAAACUAUAGAUGGCUGUUGAAUAAAAAAAUAAAUAAAAUAACUCCUACUAUUGUCCAUUGAGUAAAUGGGGAGGCUCAUUCUGAACUAUGGCUAUACAAAUACAAGUAAACCCAGGGUCGUCUUUAAUGCGGGGCAAACGAGGCAGCUGCCCCGGGCCCAGUUACUCCUGGGAGACCCAAGGGAGCUGCCCUGUGGGCCCCACUGCCCUCAACAAUUUAUUUGGACCCAGCACUUUAAGGCCAGCACUCUGUCGGUCAGUGUAUGUGAGAAAGGCUUCUAUAAGCAGGGGCCCGGUUGGGUGCUGUGGCCCUUAAACAGCACAACCGGACCCUUGCUUGUUGGCAACAUGCGAGGAAGUGACUGCCGCGAGUCACUUCCUCCUAUAAAAAGAGCAGCUGUGUGGGAGGGAUCAGGAGGAGCAGAGCAGGAGUGAGAAAGGCAGUGAGGAUGGGGGCACCUCACUCCCACCAGCCUCAGGCAGCAAACUGGACCCCAGGGAAGCCACCCACCAGAAAGGUAGGAAACUGGAGGGUGGGUUUAAAAAUGUAUUUACAUGUUUGUCAGUAUGUAUGUGUGUGUGUGUGUGUGCAGGGCCGGCCUUAGGCAAUUAGGCGCCCUGUGCAAAAAGUCUUCACGGCGCCCCCCCCACCUCCCACCAAGUUGCCUGAAUACAGUAACACACACAGGCACCGGGGACGUGUGUAUCACGAGGCAAACAAGGCAUCUGCCUUGGGCGCCACUUUGCAGGGGGCGGCAAAAAAAAGCAUCCCUCCAAACCCCCAGGCAGAUCCCUUGCUUGCCUCGCAUCCUGGGGGGCUCAAGAGCUGACCGGCUGGCCACUUUUGAGCCCCCCCAAGGCUGGCAGCGGGCAGCGAAGGAGCAUACUCACCUGAGCUCUUCCUGCUCAGCUUCCUCUGCGCCGCUUAAUGAAGCCGGGAGCCAGAAUAUGACGUCAGUCCGGCUCCCGGCAUCACUAAGCGCUGCUUACUCAGCCUGUGCGCCCCCUGCCUGCCUGCCCAGCAGCCACACUGGACUGCUGGUAAGAAAUCCACUCCAGCUUUCCCAGGGAGGCUGGGUGGAUUUAAAAUAAAUGUAAAAAAUAUUAGUUUGUGAGUGUUAGUGGAAAUGUCUGUGUGUGUGUCUGUGAGUGUUUAUUUUGAAGUGAAUGUGUGUGUGUGUGUGUGUGUGUGUCUGUAAGUGUGUAAUUGUGUGUGUCUGUAAGUGAAUGUGUGUGUGUCUGUGAGUGAAUGUGUGUGUUGGUCAGUGAGUGUAUAUGUGUCAGUCAGUGAGUGUGUAUGUGUCAGUCAGUGAGUGUGUAUGUGUCGUCAGUGAGUGUGUAUGUGUCGUCAGUGAGUGUGUAUGUGUCGUCAGUGAGUGUGUGUCGGUCAGUGAGUGUGUAAGUCAGUGAGUGUGUAUGUGUCGGUCAGUGAGUGUGUGUCGGUCAGUGAGUGUGUGUCAGUCAGUGUGUAUGUGUCGGUCAGUGGAGUCGUGCAUCUUUCAGUGAGUGCUUGCGUCUGUCAGUGAGAGUGUGCAUCUGUCAGUGUGUGUCCAAGUAAUAGUGUAUGUGUGUAUGUCAUUGUUUGUCAGUGUAUAUGAGAGUGUGUGUCUGUCAGUGAGUGUGCGUCUGUCAGUGAGUGAGCGUCUGUCAGUCAAAGUGCGGCCUUGACAGGAAGGGGUGGGGGAAAUUUAAACUCGGUUACAGGCAUGUACACACACACUCAGUUAAAGGCAGUCACACAUACAGGCACAGGCACAAACAAUGGCACAGCUACAGCGACACACACAGACAGACAGUCACAUAGGCAGUCACACACACAGACAGACACACAGUAACACACACAUAGACAGUUAUACACACACAGGCAGGCAGUCACACAGAUGGAAAGUCACACACACAGGCAGGCAGUCACACACAGACAGAUAGUUACAGACAGACACACACAGGCAGGCAGUCACAUACAGGCAGUCACACACACAGGCAGUCACACACACAGACAGACAGUCACACACACAAACAGACAGUCACACACACAGACAGUCACACACAGGCAGGCAGUAACACACAGAGACAGUCACACAAACAGGCAAACAGUCACACACACACACUUACCUCUUUCCAGUGGAUGCAGUUGGCUGAUGGGGAAGCAUCUUUCCCUCUUCCUGUACAGCAGGGGCUUCGGGAGGUAUUAGCCCCGUCUCCGCCUCUCGAUAAGCCCCGCCUCCGCCGCUCGGUAAACCCCGCCCCCUCUGCCGCGAUUUUUUUUUUUUUUUUUAAAUAGACCCGGGUGGAGAAUAAUUAAUCCUCCAGCCAGGUACCUCUUUUAGCUCCCCUGCACUCCGGCCAUGAGUGAGCUGUGUCGGCCACAGGGCGCCCCCUGUUCCAUGGCGCCCUGUGCGGUCGCACAGCUCGCACACCCCUAAGGCCGGCCCUGUGUGUGUGUCAGUAUGUAUGUAUGUCUGUGCGUGUCAGUAUGUAUGUGUGUGUGUCAGUGUGUGUGCAUGUGGGUGUCAGUAUCUCUGUCUAUCAGUGUAUGUGUCUUGUCUGUGUUUGUCAGUGUAUGUAUCCGUGUGCAUCAGUAUGUCUCUCAGUGUAUGUAUUUGUGUGUGUCAAUAUGUCACUUAGUUUGUGUCUGUGUAUCUGUAAGAUAUCAGUGUAUCUGUAUGUAGUCAGUGUGUGUGCAUCUGUGUGUGUCAGUACCUCUGUCGGUCAGUGUAUGUGUGUGUGUAAGUAUGCCUGCUGGUCAGUGUAUGUGUAUGUGUCAGUAUGCAUGUCAAUGUAUGUAUUUGUGUGUGUCAGUAUGUCACUCAGUGUAUCUGUUUGUGUUUGUGUAUCUGUAAGCAGUCAGUGUGUGCAUCUGUGUAUUUGAAUGUGUCAGUGUGUCUGAGCACCAAAAUUAUAUAUAAACACACAUUCAAAAAAACACUACACAUAAAUGCAAGCUUGCAUCCAAACUCCAACACCACAUACAAACACAUUCAUACAAACAUACUUCAAACAAAAACAUGCUUACAUUCAAACAGUGCAAAAUACAACCCUGCAAGCAUGGGAAAUUAGUUGAACCCCAUCUGUCAAUGCAUUGUUGGAGUUGCAUGACAGAUAGGGUUCUACCUUUUGUCCAUCCUUGCAAUUAGGGGGGGGCAAAUAAAAUUAUUGCACCACGGAUCUUUAUACUUUAGUUCCGCCACUGUGUUGAAGUGGAGGGUGUGAUUGCAUUUAAAGGAGUGGGGGGGCACAGUCUAUGGGGGCCCUGGCAAAUGCUUGCCCAGGGUCUAAUCAUUAUUAAACCAUCUCAAGAAAUAAGAGGGUAAAGAAAUUAACACUUUAGAAUACGGCAAGAGAGUGCAAAUAGUAUAAAAAUGAAAUGUUUAAAAAAUGGCAUGCAAAUAUAGGGGAGCACAAUCACAAAUGUACAAAUAGUGGAGUGAAGCCUAGCACACUUUGACACUUUACGCAGAUUGUUUCCUUUCUUUCCACCCCUCUAUUUCUGAAGAUUGGUUUACAAACUGGGUUUCCAUUUGUACACCAGAUAUGCUAUCUAUGUCUCGUCAUAUCUGUUAACGACACACUACCAGGCUUGGAUUAGAGUAUUAAAGUAGGGGCUACAGAUGUAUUAAAAUUGCUAAAAUGUUAUAAUCCAUUAUCAUGCCAUGUUGUUCUUUGCAGUUAACUGAGGAGUAUGGUUCUGUAUUCAGUUUUCACAUGGGAAUGAAGAAAGUGGUUGUACUGUGUGGCUACGAUACAGUGAAAGAUGCUCUUGUCAACCACGCAGAUGUGUUUUCUGGGAGACCUGUCAUACCCAUCUUCCAUGAUACAUUAAAAGGAUAUGGUAUGUUUAUUAUCACUUAGAGGUAAAAAAAUAUUUCAACAUUUGUAAUUUACUUUUCUAUUUAUGACAGUCACUGAUUUAGUAAAUAAUCCAAGUUUAAUUCAGGGGAACUACAAAGUGACCUGCAAAAGACAACCAAUUCUUUAAGCUCUGGCUUACAGUUUACAUUUUGCCAGUUCAAUAUACUUUUCCAUGGCUCACUAUAGUUAAUAACUGAUGCGUUGUCAUGAUCUUGUUCUGGAUACAUGUUGAAAUGAAUGUAUUUCUAGUCCAAACAAUAAGUUGACUUCCUUGCAUGGAGGCUCAUUUUCAUUUUACUGUUACUGGUUAAGGUGGUCUCUGCUCAGGCUGUGUUGUAGGAAAGAGUGAAACAUUUGAUCAUAUAAAAUAAGGAAAAUUAAAAUCAUACUUACCUGGUUAUUUUCUUUUCCAAGCUAUUUAUCAUGGCAGCUUCACUUAUGGGUUAGCUCCACCUCAGUCAGAUCAGGACAGUAAUUGAAUAAUUCAGAGACUGAAUUUAUAAAGGGUCCCUCCUCCCUUCACACACCAGUCGAGUUUGCAAACUAAGAUAAAAUAAGGGGAGGGAGAUUGAUGCUGCCAUGAUAAAUAAUCAAGGAAAGAAAAUUACCAGAUAGGUAGGAUUUUAAUUUUUCUUAUUAUGGCAGCAUCACAUAUUGGUAACACCAAAGCUCCAAUAAAUGGGGGGAGUGAGAAUAAACUUAGAAGAACACAUAAAAUGAUGCAAAGAAAUUCAAACUUUAUUGUGCUGAAGAACAGAGGAAAUGACUCCUUUCCUAAAUGAAGUAGAACUACUUGUUCAAACUUGUAAUGGUUGAUAAAAGUCCUAGGGGAUGACCAUGUUCUGCCCUGAAGAUAUAAUCUGCAAGUUAGCCCAAGAAGUUGCUUAGGAUCUGGUUGAAUAAGCUUUUAUCUUAUACAGCAGCUUGGAUGUUCUAUAUGCAUCAGAAAUGACUGCCGCAAUCCAGCAUCUUAAAUUGGAAGAAGAAGCAGUCUCUCUUUCACGAGCACCUGAGAGGAGGACGAAUAGUCGGUUAGAUUUCCUGAAUACUGAAGUAAUUGAGAGGUAAUUAAUGAUGCAAUCGCUAAAAUCCAAUUCAUGUAAUUUGAUUUCUUCUGGAGAAGAUGGAGAUGGAUAGAAGGAUGGAAGUAGUGCUUCCUGAUGAAGGUGAAAAUUAGAAACAACUUUCGGAAGAAAAUCUUCUUUUAGUUUUAGAACUAUUCUGUCAUGAAAAAUGAGAGUGUGAGAAGUUUCAUUGGAAAAAUCUUGGAGUUCUGAGAUUCUUUUAGCCGUGAUGAUGGCUACCAGGAACACCACCUUAUAGAUAAGAUAUUUAAUAGAUAUUUCCGCCAUAGGAGCGAACAGAGAUUCAGUUAAGGCAUCUAACACCAGAGGGAGGUUCCAUGGUGGAGAAGUAUUUCUUGAUGGAGGACAAAUCCUCAAUGUAGCUUUGAAAAUUCUGGAUAUUAGGAGAUGGGAUGCACAUGAAAUGUUAUUGAUAGUUUAUUAGAGGCAAUUCCAACUGCUUUAUCGGGUUGAUAGCUGGGCCAUGCCAGUCUUCAGAAUAAAUGCAAAAUUAUUAGAACUCGAAAUAUGCUAAAUUUUGAAUCUGACCCAGUUAGUCCUGAUAUAGCAGACUGUUUACUGGGUCCUUCAGAAACAGGGAGGCUGAACAGUGUCUGGGAGACCUAUGGUGCAUAUAGGAAGGUGGCCAAAAAAUAAAAUUUGUAGGAAGUAAUUCCUGCCUGUCCGGAUGAGGACAGGUAAAAAUACUGGUGUGUGAAGGAAGGAGGGACCCUUUAUAAAUUCAGUCUUUGAUUGAAUUGGUUAAUUCCUGUCCUGAUCUGACUGAGGCGGGGUUAACCAUAAGUGUGCUGCCAUGAUUUGUCAGGAAAGUUUGAGUUAUGUUUAAAUAAUAAGUAAGAUUCACAUGCAGGACAUUUUCACUGUUAAUCUCUUUGUCAUGUACAUGUAGUUGGGUGGGGGGUGCAAUUUCUUUACCACAUUUUUGCACACUUACAUUAUGAACAGAAGAUGAUAGAUUUCAAUAUUUUUGUCAACAUCUCACAAUAACUUACUUGAUUGUGAGUAAAUCCCAUUGUUGUGAAAGAGUAUUAUAAAUUUGCUCCAUUACUAAAAAUAAGAAAGUAUAUUCAAAUCUUGUCACGUAGACUUCCUAAAAUUCCAUAGAUGUUUAGAAAUAGUUGUUGUUUAAAGAAACUGUAAGUUUAUGAAAUAUUUUAGAUUGGUUAAUAUUAUUGUUAUAGUGACAUUUUAGCAUAUUUCACCUACUUAAUUUAGGUGUUGUUUUUUCUGAUGGUGAAAACUGGAAAGUGAUGAGAAGAUUCUCUCUUGCUACACUACGAGAUUUUGGAAUGGGAAAAAAAGUAAUAGAAAAUCUGAUUAAUGAGGAAUGUGAUUCAUUGGUGGAAGUGUUUAUAUCAUACAAAGGUUAGUGAUUACUUACACCAAGAGGAUACUUGCUUAAAAGUCAAUAGAUUUUUCCUCUUAGUUCCUCAUCGUGAAAAUAUCUGAAGAACUGUCAGCCAAAUAUUACUCUUCAAUAUAGAUGCUAGUGACAACAUGUGCAUAUACUCGUGACAUCACAAGUAUGAGUGUCGAUGAGUGUUCAGACUUUCAGAAGGAGAGCAUUUAGACAUAUGUAUAUUUGUAUAGUUAUGUUUUUUCUUAUUAUUACAGGAAAGCCGUUUGAGAACACAUUCAUAAUAAAUGGAGCUGUAUCCAAUGUAAUUGCAUCUUUACUAUUUGGCCAUCGUUUUGAUUACAAUGAUCCAACAUUUUUGAAGCUUCUCGGCAUAAUUAACUCAAAUCUUAGAGUUUCGGGAAGUCCUAUGGUUUUGGUAAGAACUUAAUUUUACCAUUAACGUUUAUUAAGCUUUAAUUGUUCACUGUUGGAUUAGAGUAGAGCUCUUCAGUCAUCCUUAAGAAAGUUCCUAUCAGGACAAAAAGGUAUAUAUAUAUAUAUACACACAAAUACAUAGAUGUCUUGUUUCUCUUUCAGUAUGAUCUUGUAAUCAAGUAUUUGGAGAACCACUCUAUCCCAACCUGUUGUGAUGGUGCUAGUUGGGAUUGUGGACAGUGCCUAAUUAACCACAGCUAACAGUUUACCAGGGAUUUUUGAUAAUGUUGUCUGGUGGUCAUGGACUGCUAUCUUUUCUAGCAUUAUCUUUCUUAUAUCUGUUGUUAUGCUGUCUUGGGGGAGAGAUUCAGUUUGGCAACCCUCUUGGCUGGUUAACUCUGAUAAUUCCAUUACUUAACCAAUCUGGAACCAUUCUAGCAGACAUCCAUUCCCCCAGUAACCAGAUGAAACAUAGUUCUGGGAAUCAACUGAUUUAUUUCCAACCACACAAGGCUUUUAUGCACAGACCCCAACAUGGGGUCUCCAAUACAAUAACAAAGGAGUUUAAAUCCCAGGAUCCUUUGUGCCUGAGAGUAGUAGUCCCACUUGGUGAUGCGACCCUUGAAUGAGAGAGUGACUUCAGUAGACUCCAAAUGGCACAUUCAAAAUCUUAAUUAAAAAAGAUGUGCGUCAUAUUAUGCAUUGUCACUGGUGAUGUGUUUAACUCUAAAGAGUGCAUGGUAUCACCAACAUGACAAAUUGACCAGCAAGCUGGCUGUCUACAAGCACAAAAAUUAUCAUCACUUACCUAUCGCAGUACAAUUUUGUAUCAACAUGCUGAAUUUUGCUCAAGUUACAACUUGAGAAAGACCUACUUCUAGGUUGAAAAGUUUGGAUCCCUUUUUUACCUAUUUUGAAUAAGUUUUUCAAAUGAUUUUUUUGUGUAACUUUUUUAAAUGAUUUAAUCUUUUGAAAAAUAUUUUAAUACUUUGAUAUUUUUUAUAUAUAUAUAUUGAUGUUUUUUUUAAUAAAAAAUAAUUUAAUAUUUUAUAUAUUUUUAAAUCAUUAUUUUAAAAUGUAUCCAAAUAUAGUAAAUCCUUAGAAAAAAUCUGAAAUCAGGGUCAUGGUUGGAGGGAAGAUGUUAAUAUGCUACAUCACAUUGUCCUUUGAAAAGGCUUGCAAUGAUAAGAAGCCCCCAUUUUUUUGUGUUGAGAAUGUUGACCUCUCAAUUUACUCACUGAGGUGGACGUGGAAAUAACUUUUUCACCAAAAAAAGUCAAAAUGUGACAAAUGAAAUUCCACAUUUUGCAAUCCAAAUGCACAAUACAAAUCAAAUCUGCAAUAAUGUUCCUACAUCAGCUUGUGAAAGACUCAAAAUAAUAGGUUUCUCUGAUUUUGUCCUAAGAGGAUCAGGCAUUUCAACCAUUUUUCCAUUUUUAUUUAGCUGUACAACAUUUUUCCAUCUUUGGUUCGCUGGUUACCAGGAAGUCACAAUGUCAUUUUUGAAAAUGUCCAGAAGUUAAAGACAUUUAUUAAAGAGACGUUUACAAAACAGAAGGACCAGCUGGACAUAAACGACCAAAGAAAUCUCAUUGAUGCAUAUCUUGUCAAACAACGAGAGGUAACCACAGCGAAUUGUACAAUUUAAAUGGGAACUUGACUUAUACAAAAUAUAUUGAUUAUAAAAGGUAAUUUUCAGUUAUAUAUUUAAAAUUUAUUCUAAACAUAUGGCAAGUGAAAUCAUCAUGAAAUGCAUAGCUUAAAGGGACAUUAUAGUCACCAGAACAACUACAACUUAAUUGUUAGUUGUUCUGGCCUAGGAAAACCUUAUGUGUCCACUCCAUAAAUGGCUACUACAGUUGCUUACUGGUGCAAUACAUUUAGUGUUUCCACCCUCUGCAUGGAGACACUUUCCUCUUGGAGAUGCUGGUGUCUGGCUCUACCCCUGGUCUGCCUCCUUGGCUGAGAUCAUAACAAGUGACAAUCUCAGCCAGUCCAAUGCUUUCCUAUGGAAAAAAACAUUGUUAUUGGCUGAGAUCAUCACUUCAGAUGAUGACAGCCAAGUAGGCAGAUCAGGGGCAAAGCCAGCACCAGCAGAAUGGAAUAAAGAUACGAUUUUACUAUAUUUAGGGUGGCAAGGGGGCCAAGAUACUGUUUUUGAGCAAUCUACCAAUGGGAAGAAUACAAAUAAACAAAAAUACAUCAAAAUAUAAUAUAUAAUAAAGUAUUAAAACACAGAACAUAAGAUUCAAGACUUGGCUCUCCUGCAUCCCCUUAUUAAACGCAAACUAAGUCUAUAGGUCCUCUACUCCUCUUUCCCUUCCUUCCUAUCAGGUAGUUCCCCUAAUCCACAGUGUUUUCCACAAAUUACAGUGUCAGAGUGCAGUUUAUCUAUUAUAAAAAUCAAUGUGAAAUUAAUUAUAUUACCCACUUCAGUGUGGGUAUAUAGCAUUCACAUGUACUCAUUUUCCGUUCACUUAAAAAGACAAAUAAAUAAAUUCAUUAAUUAAGUAAGCAAAAUUUACUAACGCUCCCAUUUCUGAAUACCUUUUUUUUUAACACUUUGGGGAGUUUGUUCAAAACAGACUGUUGAUACAUAGCUAAUUUGCUGCAAUUCACAAAUCAAUUAAAUUUGCAAACGGAUCCAACAGUAGACAAACUGAAAACUCAGAUUUAGAAACAACACUCAAAAAGCAUUUAUUGAUUAGCCAGUUUGAUUUUUGUUUUAUUUUGACUUUUAUUAUUACUCUCUCUAAAGUUCUGUAAAUUAAACCCUUCAGGACAGAGUCAAUAGUGCACGUUCUGAUCAAAACGAAACGUAAACAAAAACUGGAAUUUGCGCUAUAUGUCUGUCCAACCGUAAUUCACGGCUGUCACAUUAAGUGCACCCACACUUAUUAUAUAUCAUUUUGUUCAGGAGAAACAGUGCUUUAAUUUAUCAUUAACUAUUCAUAUAUGGAACAUAAUUUAUCAUGAAUAAAAUUUAAAAAAAGUGAGAAAAUAAGAUUUUUUUUUUAAUUUGUAUUUCCGUAUGACAUUUUAUCUGUUAAUGUCAUAAUACUGUUAGGUUUUACUACAAAAAAAAAUGCACGUAUUUGUAAUCAGCGAUGUCUCACGAGUACAACAGUACCCCCCCCAUUAACAGGUUUUAUGGUGUUUUGGAAAGUUACAGGGUCAAAUAUAGAACAUUCCAUUUUCAAAUUGAAAUUUGCCAGAUUAGUAAUGUUACCUUUGAGACGGUGUGGUAGCCCAGGAAUGAGAAUUACCCCCAUAAUGGCAUACCAUUUGAAAAAGUAGACAAGCCAAGGUAUUGAAAGUGGGGUAUGUUUAGUCUUUUUUAGUAGCCACUUAGUCACAAACACUGACCAAAGUUAGCGUUCAUAUUUGUUUUUGUGUGAAAAAAGCAAAAAACUAAUAUUUGGCCAGUGUUUGUGACUAAGUGGCUACUCAGAAAGACUGGACAUACCCCACUUGCAAUACCUUGGGUUGUCUACUUUUGCAAAUGGUAUGCCAUCAUGGGGGUAAUUCUUAUUCCUGGGCUACCAUACGCUCUCAAAGGCAACAUAACCAAUCUGGCAAAUUUCAAUGUCAAAAAAAUGAAAUGCAAGCCUUAUAUGUGACUCUCUAACUUUCCAAAACACCAUAAAACCUGUACAUGGGGGGUACUGUUAUUCUCGGGAGACUUCACUAAACACAAAUAUUAGUGAAGACAGUAAAACAUAUUACAACAAUAACAUAGUCCAUAAAAGUGCCGUUCGUUUGUAAAAAAAUGGAAAAAACAUCACUUUUACUUGAAAUAUCAUCAUUGUAAUACAAUUUAUAAUUUUGAAACACUAAUAUUUGAGUUCAGCGAAGUCUCCAGAAAAAAACAGUACCCCCUAUGUAUAGGUUUUAUGGUGUCUCGGAAGAGUUACAGGGUCAAAUAUAGUGCUUGCGAAUUAAAUUUUCUGCACUUUCUCCCAGUGUUGUCAGGCAUGUCAAUCGAAUUUUAAUUAAUCAAAUCACAUAAUUAUGUUAAAAGAUUACUUAAAUAUACAUGUAAAAAUUUAAUAUAUAUGCAUUUAUAGGUAUUUAAAUUCUACGUGUAUACUAAUGUAAUCUUUUAUGUAAUUAUAUGUAUUUAUCUAUAUAUAUAUAUAUAUUUGCGGUUAUUUGUAUUUUAUAUAUAGAUAUAUAUAUAGAGAGAUAUAUAUUAAUAACAAAAUACUGUUAGAAUGAACUUACAUAUGAAUAUAUAAUUUAUAUUAAAUUUUGUUUCAAUAUUUUAUUUAUUUAAUAAUUUUAUUUAUUUAUUAUUGUACUUAUACGUAUAUAUAUAUAUAUAUAUAUAUAUAUAUAUAUAUAUAAUAUAUGUGUAUAUAUCUAUUAUAUAUAUAUAUAUAUAUAUAUAUAUAUAUAUAUAUAUAUAUAUAUAUAUAUAUAUAUAUAUAUAUAUAUAAAAUUAUAAAUAUAUUUGUGCUCGGAAUUUAAUACAUAAUGGAUAGUGUCUAAGAUGAACGUUGGUUGUGGUGUGCCGAAACCAACGUACGAGUGGGCCUGUAAAUAAAAGAGGGCCCACCAAGGAGAAUUGUAAUGCUAUAAGGGUGAAGGUGGGUGGGGACAAUCAACUUGAACGGCAGAGGUGAGUAGGGGCUGGGAGUUUAAGUAGGGGACUUACUCCUCCCACAAAUUCAGGCCUAAUGGCCUUUCUACUUGUGCUCGGAAUUUAAAUACGUGAUGGAUAGUAACUGUGAGCAAAGUUGGUUGUGGUGUGCCGAAACCAACGUACGAGUGGGCCUGUAAAUAAAAAGAGGGCAAAAAGAUAAAUUUGAGAAAAUACACACUUUAUUGCAUUUUACAAGACCAAGUUUCUGAAAGCUUGGCGAAGCUCUUUCUCUGGUUGCGGAAUAUAUGCGUUAUAUAUGGAGGAUUUCCAUCGCCCGAGCCUUUUGAUGAUGUGGACCGGUGCGUUUGUGCUUGAGGCUGCUGAGGCGACUCCUAUGCGGAAGGAGUGCCCGGAGAAUGCAGCCGGAUUGUGUCCGAGCUUAGAUAACAGGGUUCUGACAUGUGACAUCAAUUUUGCCGUGGUAAGCGGGUGCCCUUGUAAUGUUAAGAGCGGAGAGUCUGGCAGGUGAGUACGAAAAGUAGACCGUAGUUGGUCGAGAACUUUCACCGGACACCAGGCAUUAUCAGUAGGGAAGAGAGGAAUUAUAGUAGGAUGUAUUGACCGGUUGGUUUUAGUGGUAGGGAUAGAGAGGAGGUAGUGAUCCUCUACCUUGGUGAGGUGUGAAGUUUUAAGGCAUAGUGCGAUAUCUCCUUGACAAAUCACUGUGAACUCUCUAGGUCUGAGAAAACCGUAGAAAGCGAGAUAUAUGGCAGAUUUUAUCACCGUAUUGGUGUAGCUAUCAAAUGGGGCUGUGUCAAGGAGAUUGCUAAGAGACCUGAAGAUAGGCCCGUCUAUGGGUAAUCUAGUGCUUGCGAGUGGUGGUGAAAGCUUAGAUAUACCUUUCAAGACCUUUUUUAUGGGGUAUGCAGACAAAAAGGGGGUGCUGUUAGGAAAAUUGGUGAGGCUGUGGUGCUGAACCCCGGUGAGGUAAAGUUUAAUGGUGUUGUGUGACAGAUUAAGGUGUAGGUGGCAGAAAGAGGCAAAAGACACCAUGGUUUGGAUGGAAAAGUCACCUUGUAGCCCGAAUUCUGCAGUGAAUUUAUUAAAUAUGUUAAGUGCCCUAUUGUAAGUGAUAGCAGUGUUGGGUGAUAAUGCUUGGUGAGUGAGUGAUCUAGCGUGAAGCAAGAGUGUGCUUAAUCCAAUAUUAGUUCGUGAAACCGUGGUGUCCUGGAUGGCUGAUGGUGAGCUGCUGGGAGUGCCUGAGAAAAUGCCUGGAAUCGAGAACGAGAAAGAGCGUCAGCGGCGGUGUUGUGAAUACCCGGGAUGUGAGAACAUACUAAGUGAAACUGAUUGGAUGCUGCCAGCCAGGUCAACUUGCGAAUCAGCCGCAUGAUGGUCAGGGAUGAUGAGCGCCCUUUGUUAAUAAUAUCGCAAGCUGCCGAGUUAUCUGAGUAGCAUUUUACUGCCUUGCCGGACCAGAGAUGACCCCAGGUGUGUGCGGCCGCCACAAUGGGGUAAAUUUCAAAUAGGGUUGAGGUCUCCCUGAAUCCUGGCAAGGCAUCCGUCUCAGUGGGCCAGUGGCCCCUAAACCAGUGGUUCCCGAAAAUGGCUGCGAAACCGGUGUUGGCUGCUGCGUCUGUGUGGAUGAUGGGUGAAGAGGUGGAGAGAGGGGGAUAAACAUGGAGAUACCAUUCCAGUCUUUCAAAAACUUCCCCCACAUAGCUAAGUCAGCCUUGGCGUGGGGGUCCAAAGAAACUGUGCCGGAGUCCGGGACUCCAUGGAGCAGGCAAAGAAGUCUGGAAAUAAAAGACCUUCCCUGCGGAAUGAUGCGCAUGGCGAAGUUCAGAGAUCCAAGAAGGGACUGAAGUUCUCUCCUGGUGCAAACGUCAUUCCGCAGGAACGUGUCUAUCUCCCCUCUCAAUCGUGAAAGUUUGUCGUGUGGAAGGCUAGCUCUGAGUUUGACAGAAUCGAGCUCUAUGCCUAAAAAUGUCAACUUUGUAGUGGGUCCUAUAGUUUUGGCUGGGGACAAAGGGACUCCAAGUGUGGAAAAAAGUGCGGUAGUACUAUUGAUUGCUGUGGGUGUUGAUGACCCUGGCUCUAUCAGUAGAAAGUCAUCUAGAUAGUGAAUAACGGAGUGACACCUGAUGACAUUCAGAAGCAGCCAGCAUAGUGACUCAGCGAAAAUGUCGAAAAGUUUGGGGCUGCUUCGGGAACCAAAAGUGAGUCGUGUUGAGAAGUAAUAAUACCCUCGCCAUUUAACACCGUGUAAGUGCCAGAGUGAGGGGUGUAUGGGCAGUAAUUUAAAGGCGUUAGUGAUGUCUGUUUUGCUGAGCCAGGGUCGAUUACCAGAUGUCAUGAUAGACUGUAUAGCGUCGUCGAUGGUGACGUACUGCAGAGAGAAUUCGUCUGCUGGAAUGAGUGCGUUUAUGCUUGGAACAGAAGAGGAGUGCGGUGCCGAUAAAUCGAUAAUGAGACGUUUUUUAUUAGAAUAUUUGUGAAUAGCAAUACCAAUAGGGUUAGUGCGCCAGGAGGAAAACGGUGAAGAGGUGAAAGGACCGAUCAUGAAACCGUUUGUGGUUUCUGCGGAAAUGAGAGUGUCUACAGCGACUGGGUCUAAACGUGCAGACUGGAGAUUAGGACAUUCUAGUGUACCUGGGGUAAUGGCUAUUAUGCCUGUGUGAAACCCUUGUGAAAAACCUGUGGUGAGAAAAUCCACUAAGUGCCUGCUGGGGUGACACCUUAGAUAAAAAACCAGGUUGUCGAUAUUUAUGUCGGUUAGUCAUUUGUUUGGUGACAACCUGGCUGGACACAUGGUCUUGGUAUGUGCCCUGAAACAUAUGGAGCAGAUGUGCAAUAGUCUACAGGCGCUGAAACUGCAGGAGCCUGCGUUGAAAUUAUUGCACACCUGUGCUUUACCUAAAAAGGAGAUGGGCCUACCCAGCUUAUCCCGGAGACCACCCGCUGGCUUGUGAGGGGUGAAAGAGGAGUGAGGUGUGAACGUGGGGUGAGGGGUGAGAGUGGAGGUGGUGGGAUCUGGUUCGACGGGACAUAAGUCCGCCAUGUGGGAUGUGGAAUUACAGAUGGCACAAGCCGGGGGCCUGAGUCCGGCGAAGUGGCGACAGAAAAGUUCAGUGUCCAUCUGACCCCAGUUCAUUCUAAUGUUGAACUGCUUGAGAUGGGUCGCCGCCUUCGCUGAGACUGACUUGUGGUAGUCAUAGAAGGAAGAGCCCCCGUACUUGAUGCCUAGAUCCACUACCUUGUGGAGAUAGAGAUCUAGCUCUUCUCUCCUAUGGGGAUACACCGUGCAAAUGACGUCGCGGUAUAUCCCGAAAGCUAUCACAAACUGUGGGAUAGACAAUUUUUUAUUAAGCCUGGGAUCCCUCGUUUUAAGCACAACAGAGAUGUCGCCAUAAUUGUAUGCCUUGUUCUCGAGUACAUCAUGAGAGGCUAUGAGUAAAGACACCAGACACACAUCCUUCCCGUCAAGGAUAUCUUUCCUGAUAGAAUCUGGGACGGAGUGUGCUGGUGACUCGAAAGGCUGUGCCAGGUGCUGGAGGGGGAGUAUAGAGGGACAUGAAGGUAUGGCAGGUACAGCCGUGGUAGAGACUGGGACUACGGUGUUAGUACCUGAGGAGGAGAUGGCGCUCUCCACCUUAGACAGCCUGCUAUUGAGGGCCUGUAGAUUGGCCAAGAUAUCUGCCAGGGUAUCCUGGGUGGCCGUGCUGUUACUUGGUGGUUGUCCUUGAGAGCUAGUUCCCGGCCGAGGCUCGGGGACUUGGUGGGUAAGCAGCCUGUAAAGUUCUGCCUUUCUAGCUGUGGCCGGAAAGGGGAUUCCCCUGAGCCUAAGCUCGGCUGUGAUUUUGGGAAUAGUCCAUGCUCUCAAGGACGUGGGGGUUGAAAGAGUGAGUGAUUCGCCUGGAGACACGGGUCUGAUUGGCGUGAAUGGUGCUUCUUCUGUCAGUUCUUCGGUUGGAAUUGGUUCUUGGGACAUUCUAAAAAGGAAUGAUUAUGUGAAAGAUAUAUUAGAAGGGGAGUGAGGUAAGAAGGGGGGGUAUGGGGAGUGGUGUGUCUUGAAGAACUGGACUUUAAUGCUAGAUGCCGAGGCGAAAAACUUAACUAUUGAAUGACUGGAUAGGUGAGGCCCUGCUAAUGCCAAGUGGCGAUGAGAGGCUCUACCUAUGAUUUGGCUUAUGACGUAGGUGCCACAGACGUGGUGGCGGGAUGUUGGCCUCUCGGUGACGAUAAGAGAAAUCAAAACGUGUGGCCGUGACAGGUGAGGCCCUAACUAGAGCCCUAUAGUAAGGCAUGCAAGGCUUAUAACUAUGAUUUGGGCGUGGGGCCGUACCUCCGUGUUGAGGUGGGGUGGGGGUGGUAGGCCUCGCGGGAUCAGAUUUCCUGAUAGGGUGGGCUAAGGCAUUAGCCUGUGCCGUAUAGCCAGUUCGAUAGUAUGCUAAAGGGUAAAGUUAGAGGACUGGAAUGGUGUGUGGAUACUAACCUUGACUGGUCGCAAAUGGUAUCUGGAGCCUCCUGGUAAGUGUAGAGAGUCUUGUCUUAAAUGUUGUCUUUGAGGAAGAAUCCUGGGGGUUUAAGACAGAUGUUGAUGUGUUUAUACGUAAUGUGAUGUUGUAUGAAUAGUAUAGGGAGAAGGUUUGUUAGGGGCACGACGUGAGAUCCUGCAUUGAGGGAUCUGGGAGGUUUAGGUGUAGGAAUGGGAUGAUUUUGGAUAUGAGUGAGAAGGCAGAAUGAGGCCUUGGGGUAGCGAAUGGACGUACUUGAGUAAGGAUGUAAGUACCUGAAGGUAUGGCUGAGUACCGUGUCAGGAUUUGGUGUCUUCUUGAGCCUGGUGGCCGUAUGACCGAAAGUCUGUGUAGACAAGUAGUAAAGAGAUAACGUAUCCUGGGCGUAAGCCUGAGGGAAGGUAGUAAUGGAGUUGAGACCGCGUGAGGUCUAGUAUUGAAAAGAGAGUGAACUAUACCUUUGUUUAAAGUACAGAGCUUGUUUAAUCGUGGCAGGUUAACUGCGUAGAAACGGUGGAAGCUUAGAUUAAUACAAGGAUCUAAGGGUUUAACCAAGAAAAAUACCAUAGUUAGCAAUAGAUGUGAAGAUAAUUGAUAAAACCUGAUAACUCAAGGUGAUAAAACCAUACCUGUUCCUGUAAUAAAAGGACCUUGAAAUAACAACUUUAAUGCAGAAAAGCAAGAGACCGAUGCAAUCUGUAAAAGCCAAAAGAUGUGACAGCGUGAUUUAUGUGCAAGGAAUAGUACGGAUUAUGUGUAAAGGGUAUAACUUGUAAAUAGUGUUUAAAAAGACUUAUCUGAGUGUUAUUAGGAAAGAGUGUUAUAGCUUGAAUUUAGACACGUAUGAAGUUAUGAACCGUGGUGAACAUAAUGUUUAUAACAGAAAAAUACUUUAAAUGGUUUAACAAGGUAGAAAAACACAGGGCUGGUAGUUAACCAUAUAAUGUAACCGCAAACUCAUAUGAAGGAAUAAAUAAUAGUAGGACUGUGAUUAGAACUUAUGCCAGCUUAUCUUAAAAGAAUAGAAAUAACCGAAUGUAAAUUAGUAAGAUGGUGUACGUGAAUUAACCAUACGAAUAGGUUGAUGCUGAAACAACCGAACGGAAAAGUGAAUACAGAUAAUAAUGAGUUUAAACAUGAAAUAUUUAUUCGGUUGUUUCCGUACGAAAAAGCGUAAAACGAUAGCGAAAUGAGCCGAACGUUCGUGCGUUUUUUGGCGCGAAUGGAGAUAUAAACGAAAGCGUGUAUUCGUGAAAAUGCGAAAGAGGGAGCCUACCCCUACGUUUUUAGGCCCGAACGGCGGGGAAAAAGCGAACGCUAAUUCCCACGCCUUGCUUACGUGAACGCGCCGGUCUCGUGACCGGAAGUCGGGUACCUCGACCGGAGGGAAACGGAGUGGAAGGGCCUCGGACGGACGGAGGAUUGCACAGGGGGUCUGGCUGCUGGAAACAGGUACAGUUCUGGCGGGAAGCUGGACCGGAAGUGCUGGUUGCUAAGGACAAUCAGCUGAGCGGCAGCGGUGAGUAGGGGCUGGGAGCUUAAGUAGGGGACUUACUCCUCCCACAAAUUCAGGCCUAAUGGCCUUUCUACAUAUAUAAUAUAUAUACAUAUUAUAUAUAUGUAACAUCAUUCUAGGUGUAUUUUAAUACUCAUAUACGUACUUAUAUUAAUAUUAAAAUUCAUUACGUAUGAUUUAUUUUAACAUGUUUAAUAUUUUUUUUCUACACUUCCCACCAGCAGGGGGACUGUCUGAUAUUUCAGACAGUCCUCCCGCUGGCAGAUCCACAGCCAGCUAUAGGGGGCCAUGUGAUUGCUCUUUGAGAGCGAUCACAUGGCCCCCGGGGGCCUCAUUUGCAGGGGGAGGGAGGCCUGGGCUGUCAGGAAGCCCUCCCGAAGAGAAUCACGGUGGAGGUGAGUACCACCGAGGUCCUGGGGGCUUCAGCCAUUACAGCAUUCUAUGCUGCCGCAACGGCUUUAAAGCCCUUUAAAUGCGGGACGGCAUACAAUGCCGUAACGGCGUUAAGGGGUUAACCAAAUUUGCUGGUAUUCACAGCCUUAUAUAAUUAUCAGUAUGCAUAAAUAUAUAGAUUUUUACCAGAUUAUAUUUUUUUCUAUUUUACAAUUCAGGAAAAACCCAAAGGAUUAUUUUUCCACGAUGAUAAUUUAACAGCUCUUGUAGGCAAUUUGUUUGCAGCUGGAACGGAAACAACCUCCACGACUCUUCGAUGGGGCAUUGUGCUAAUGAUGAAAUAUCCAGGGAUCCAAAGUAAGACAUUGUUUUUUUUGUAGGAGACAUGGUCGACUUUGCUACAUUUCAAAGCAACAUAACUGAUUAAUUCACCAAGUUUCUGAAUUGAAGGAGCUCUGAUAGAUUUUCCUGAAAGUAAAUAUUUGAUAACACAUAUAUAGAUUACACUAGACAGACAAUAUGAAAAAAUUUGCCUAAACACUUGGCCUUGGUUAAUAAUGUUAUCGAUGCUCCCUAUUAACACGAUCUAUCAUGCAAAUAACUGGUAGCAAUUUCAUGAAGUGAGUAACAAAAUUGCUAUAUUCACACAAAUUUUCAAUAACCUUUUUGUACUUAAAUUAAAUAUUAAUCAAGUCAGUUCCAAUUUAUUUGCAACAAUAAUAAACAUGUAUUUUGGUUCAUUUAAAACACACUAUACACACAAACACAUUUUAUUUUAUAUAAAAUAUGCACAUGGAAAAUAUCAAAUGUGAUCAAAAUAAAUACUACAUAAAAGAAGGUAGGUUGCAAUUAUGCCAAUACUGUAUGUAGUAUUGUAGCCAUACAUAGGCAUAUUUUAACCAUUGUAAUAUCAGUUUUGAGAAUUUAUAUAUUUCCUUCAGACCUAUUUGAUGGAUUGUGAAACGUUAAAUGCACCAUCAUAUAAACCCCUCCAAAAACCUAUGUAAAAAUAAAUAAAUAUUUAAUGUAAUUCUAUUUGAUUUCGAAAUCAUUGUGAAAUGCAUAGCUUAAAUGGACACUAAAGUCACCAGAACAACUACAGUUAUUGCAUUUGUUUUGGUGAGUAUAAUCAUUCAUUUCAGGCUUAUUGCUGUAAACACUGUCUUUUUCAGAGAAAAUGUUUACAUUACAGCCUAGUGAUAACUUGACUGGCCACUCUUCAGAUGGCUGCUAGAGGUGCUUCCUGGAGCAGUGCUGCACAGUGAGCAGCACUGCCAUUCAGUGCCUCCACCCUCUGCAUACAGACACUGAACUUUCCUCACAGAGCUGCAUUGAAUCAAUGGAUCUCUAUGAGGAGAUGCUGAUUGACCAGAGCGGUUUGACUUGUACUGGCUCUGCCCCGAUAUGCCACCUUGCCAGUCUCAGCCAAUCCUAUGGGUAAGCAUUGUGAUUGGCUCACAGAAUCACUUUUGAUGAUGUCAGGCAUGCAGACUCUUCAGGGGCAACAGCAGCAGCUGCAAAUUUCAAUACAAGUAAGAUUUUACUAUAUUUAGAGAGGCAAGCGGGACAGGGAGGGCUAGAUGAUGGUUUUGACACUAUAGGUUCAGGAAUACAUGAUUGUGUUCCUGACCCUAUAGUGUUCCUUUAAUAUGUAAGUAUAACAGAGAAAUCUAUAUUUCACAUUUAUCUUAUAUUUACACAUUUCAUAUACAGGACUGGCCAAAAUUUAGAGUAGGAUUUGACAGGUUAAUAAGGUAUUUGUAUGUAGUUACAUUUUUUGUUUCAGGUACAUAUUAUAAAUGAGUCUUGGUAGAUUCAUCAUGGGUAAUUUCAUAAUGGAACAAGUAAAAAUAGUGGAAUUUUAUCUUCAAAAGGGCAGGUAUAUCAUUAUUUUUUUUUUUCAUUCUUUAGUGGAAAGUUGUCCUAAAAUGUGGUUUCAACAAAAUGGGACUACUGCCAAUACAGCCAGGGACAAAAUAGACACCCUGAUACAGCUGUAGAUUAAUUGGCCGUCAUAUUUGCCAACCUUUCAGCUCCCAAUUACUUCCUGUAAGGAUAUCUGAAAGAGCUGGUAUUGGUAAACGAACCAUGUACACUUGAGCAGCUCAAGGAAAAUAUCCAUGCAGAAAUUUGAGCACUAGAGCCUCAAAUAUUAACUAAUGUUAUGAAUAAUGCAAUCGAUAGGGCCUGUUUUUUUGGAAACGUUAAAUGGAGUUCAUUUAAAAGAGGUCAUCUUCCGUUACUAGUCAAACAAAUCUCCAUACUUUAGGCAUUGAAUGUAUGUAAUAUCUUUGACUCCUCAAACCCUACUCUGAAUUUUGUCCAACCCUGUACAUAUUAUGUUUAAAAUUAAAUACACGCGUUACUAGAUUUAAUACCAAUACAUCUCUGCUUUAGUGUUCUUUUUGGGGAAAGAAGCUUGGUAUCAAAUCUUUAAAUACUAGAAACUAUAGUAAACAUUUUUAGUAAAAUAAAUAAUAUGUAUAUAUAUAUAAUUUUUUGUGUGUGUGAAGCUUCAGCAGAUGUGGGUUUAAUAAACACAAGUAAAUAUAUGUAUUGAUUUUGCAGCUGUAUAUUCUGUGUGUUACAUAGAAAUGGUAAAUAUUUUAAUCCAAUGCAAUUUUUAUUUACAGAAAAUGUCCAAAAUGAAAUUGACAAUGUCAUUGGAUCUUCUCAGCCUCAAAUAGAACACAGAAAGGACAUGCCAUAUACAGAUGCUGUCAUUCAUGAAAUUCAAAGGUUUGGUAACAUUAUACCUAACAACCUUCCACAUGUGACUACUUGUGAUGUCACAUUUCGAGGAUAUUUUAUUCCUAAGGUGAGUGAGUACCUUGCAGUAUUUGUAUAAGUUAUGUUUGUGUCAUCUACUCCAUGGUUUACUGUUUUAACUAUAGAUCCAUACGAAUAAAACUUUUCACUGUCAUUUUAUAAAUAUGUUUCAACUAUUUAUAAUGGUAAACUCACAUAAACAAUUUUGGUUUAUUUUUUUUCAUAAUUCCUACAAAUAUGCCUUGAAGAUGACUUUGGUUAUAAGUGGGCUGCGUCCGUGGCAAAUCUAUUACUUACCCAAUCGCCCCCAUUCCCCCGCCAGUGAUCAAAGCUGCUCCCGGUCUGGGGGGACUGUUUGACAGCCCAGACAGUCCCCCCUCGCCAAAUUAGGCCCCUGCAGGCCAUAUGAUCCAUAGUGCUGCCUGCAGGGGGACUGCCUGAACAAAAACUACAAAAAAAGAACUGCUUCUGUUAAAAAUAAAAUAAAAAUGUUUUGUAAAUUAAAAUAUAUACACACACACACACACACACACACAUAUCAGUCAUACUAAGAGUAUUUUAAUAUUAUUAUAUGCAUAUAUUAAUAUAAAAAUACACACGUAUAUAUUAAAUAUGUAUUGUAUAUUAUAAAAUAGAAAUAAUAAGUAAACACAUAAAAAAAUGUUUAAAGAAUUAUAUAUGUAAUUUUAUUCUAACUGAAUUUUUUAUAUAUUGAAAACCAAUUAAUCCGUUCUGAAGGUCAGAAAAAGUCAAAAUGAGCUGGCAUGGAAACCAACCCACAACCAGAACACACAGUAAAAGGCAUGCAAACGACGAAGCUCAGCUAUCUACCUUUCCACAACUUGAGAAAUGCACCCAAAAAGUUCAAAAAAGUCCCAAAACUGCUGCAAAAAAUGUCCUCCAAAACUCAAUGCAAAAACCACUCCAACACCUUCAACACCUCCACACUCGAUAAUAGAGAGGGCUUGAAACAGGUCUGCAAAGAAGCACACCUGAUUCCAGCCCUAUUACCAUAAUGGAAAUUAGUGAGUAAUAUAUAGUGCCUAAUAUACAUAUGCAUAGAAAAUAAAAAAUGUUAUUGUCCAAUACUGGAUAAACACAUCUAAAUAUUCCAGACACCAAAAAAAGUGAAAAAUUAUAUUAAUGAAAAAAAGAUAAUAGUAAGUAUAAAAAUAGGACCAACUGCUGGAGCUGAUGUGUACUAAUUAUGAAAUAGCCAGAUUGUGAUACUGAUGAAGUGGAAACAGGAUCUAAGGGGAGAUAUACAGUGUAUAUAAAGGUAGAUACAAUAAGGUAACCCUAGUCAUACUGGCCAGGUAUGCUGUGCUUCAACUGGAGGAGUAGUGAACUGCUACUGCCAGUGAUUCUGGGAAUUUCUCACACAUGGGUUUAUCUAGCUCUCGAUAAGCAGUUCACUACUCCUCCAGUUGAAGUACAGCAUACCUGAGCAAUACAGGAUACUACAAGCAUGAUAAGCACUCAGUUGUUCAGUUCACUCUCUACUCUUUAAGCUUAGCACAGCAUACCUGAGCGAUACCAGACAAUACAAGUAUGAUAAGCAUUCAGUUGCUCUUUCCAUUCUAGAGGUCUCUUUUUCCCAGGGACUCUUCUAGCACAGUACUGAAUAAUCUAUCCUGUGAACCAGAGAUUUAUUAGUGCAGUCCAUUUACGGAUCUGCAGUAGUAUACUGGACGCUAUCCCUUAUCUGCCAAUUAAGGUUAGAACCUGUUUUUUGUGGGUUAUCUACUAAAUAUCUACUUCAGAUUUUAUAUACUUUACACUAUAUAGGUUUAUUCAAGCCAUUUUUUGUUUUCUACUUUUUGAUACCCUUAUGCCCUGAAUCUAUCAGGAUGCAACUGUGUGCUCAGUUACCUACAUUUAGGUGCUAUCAGAGACUAUCCUAGUAGGGGAGAGCAAUUUCUUAUGUUAGCCACUGUCAGUUUUCCCUAUCAUGACUCUAUUUCAUCUGGUGUCUGCUGUGAACUUCCCACAUACUCUCUGACAAGCCACAUAAAUAUUUGAUCAUGCUGUACUUAGAGCCACACAGAUAGAUUUACAUUACUUUGAGCUUGACUAGUUAUAAGAUAUAGCCAUUCUGUUGCCACUUGGCCAGUACAACUAGGGCUACCUUAUUGUAUCUACCUAUGUAUACACUGUAUAUCUCCCCUCAGAUACUGUUUCCACUUCAUCAGUAUCACUAUCUGGCUAUUUCGUAAUUAGUACACUUUGUACACAUCAGCUCCAGCAGUUGGUCCUAUUUUUAUACUUACUACUAUCUUUUUUUCAUUAUUAUUAUUUUAUCACUUUUUUUUGGUGUCUGGGAUAUUUAGAUGUUUAUCCAGUAUUGGACAAUAAAGUUUUUUUGCAUUCUUCACACACAAACGGCACUUUCACUGAUGAUAUAAUUGUUGUGAUACGUUUUACUGUUUUGAAACACUAAUAUUUGUGUUCAGUGAAGUCCCCCGACUAUAACAGUACCCUCCAUUUACAGGUUUUAUAAUGUUUUUGAAAGUAACAAGGUCAAAUAUAAGGCUUGAUUUUCUGUUUUUUCACAUUGAAAUUUGCCAGAUUGGUUAUGUUGCCUUCGUGUAAUGGGCUUACAUUGGUUGGAGUCCGAAGGGCAGAGAUGUUUGCUCACCCUUGCAGAUAAACACAACCCACGGUAACCAGGUAAGAAGUUACCUGGGUUGUGAAUCUCUUCACAGGGGCUUGGCAGGAACAAUAACCGGGUACGAAGAAACAGACAAGGGCAAAUCCAGAAGAGUAGUCAGGCAAAGUUCCAAUUUGCAAGAGGCCACAGGUGGACUUAAAGAGACAAGUAGUAAUCAAAGGAGAUGUCCAGCCCCAUAGUGCUGCAGACAAGGCCAGGUAAACAGGGCUAGAACCAUAAGUUCAGAAAAGGCUCAGAGACAGGAAAGCAGGCUUAGGAUACUGAAGGACCCAGGAUCAAUUAUCUAGAGUUAAACGGACACAUGAAUGUUUGGGUCCAGCGGGUUCGGUCGAACUUGACCCCGAACCCAAACCCCAUUGAAGUCAAUGGGGACCCGAACUUUUGGCCACAAAAAUGCCUCUAAAAAACUCCUGGAAAGGGCUAGAGAGCUGCAAAAGAAAGUACAAUGGGGGUAAGAGUAGGACAAGUGCCCUGCAAACAAAUGUGGAUAGGGAAAUCACUAAAAAUAACAUAAAAAUUGAAAAUACAGCUGAGCCAUGAAAUAGCACUAGAUGGAAUCUUUGAUUUUAGCUUUGGAAGAACAUAAAGCAAAAUCUAAAGCAUGGCUGUCAGGAGGAUCACCAGAAUUAUCCAUUUGAGAGAGAGUUGGAGUGCAGGUUAUUCUCUCAUUGUUCAAACUGAGCUCAACUCCUGAUGCAUGGAGAAAAGGCCUUCACAAGCCUCUGCUAAUGUGUACCUAGUUUAUACUAAGUGACCCAUAGGUUGAGGAGGUGGUGACCUUGGCGGUGUAGGUGGAAGCAGCGGUGGAGGAGGAGGAGGUAGCCAGCACUGUUUUUUUAUAUAUGUAUUUUUUUUUUAUUGGGGUAGCCCCCAAAAUAUUGGGACAUAUAAAAAAAGAAACAUUUGCGGCCUGUUGUGCAUUUCUUGCAGUCCUGAUGCAUGGAGAAAUGCUCAACUCCUGAUGCAUGGAGAAAAGGCCUUCACAAGCCUCUGCUAAUGUGUACAUAGUUUAUACUAAGUGACCCAUAGGUUGAGAAGGCGGUAACCGUGGUGGUGUAGGUGGAAGCAGCUGUGGAGGAGGAGGAGGUAGCCAACACUGUUUUUUUAUUUGUUUGUUUGUUUGUUUUUUUUAAUUGGGGUAGCCCUCAAAAUAUUAGGACAUAUAAAAAAAGAAAACAAAGAAUAAGUGCACUUGAGUAUAACAAUGGCUGGGUGAGGCCGGUAUAAAUGUCUAUUCUGCACAAGGUACAGACAAGUCUGGUGGGAUCCAUGCCUGGUUCAUUUUAAUAAACGUGAGCUUGUCCACGUUGACUCUGGACAGGCGGCUGCGCUUGUCUGUGAUAACACCCCCUGCCGUGCUAAACACACGUUCAGACAAUACACUGGCUGCAGGGCAGGCCAUCACCUCCAAGGCAUAAAGGGCAAGCUCAGGACAUGUGCCCAAUUUGGAGACCCAGAAGUUGAAUGGGGCAGACCCAUCAGUCAGUAUGUGUAGGUGUGUGCACAUGUACUGUUCCACCAUGUUGCUGAAAUGCUGCCUCCUGCUAAGACGUUCCAUAUCAGAAGGUGGUGCUGGUUGUGUGGCGUGCUGACAAAGCUUUUCCACAUUUCGGCCAUGCUAACUCUGCCUUCUGAGGUGCUGGUGGUGCCCCAGCUGCGUUUGCGACCUCUUCCUCCUCCUCUGCCUUUGCCUUGUGCUUCCACUGAGCCCCUGGUGUCAGUUGGGAAUGCCCUCAGCAGCGCAUCUACCAGCGUGCACUUGUAGUCCCGCAUCUUACGAUCACGCUCCAGUGAGGGAAUUAAGGACGGCACGUUGUCCUUGUAACGGGGAUCCAGCAGGGUGGCCACCGAGUAAUCAGAACAAGUUAGAAUGUGGGCAACUCGGCAGUCGUUGCGCAGGCACUGCAGCAUGUAGUCGCUCAUGUGUGCCAGGCUGCUCAGAGGCAAGGACAAGCUGUCCUCUGUGGGAGGUGUAUCGUCUUUGUCCUCCGUAUCCCCCCAGCCACGCUCCAGUGAUGCCCACGAGCUGCGUUGGGUGCCACCCUGCUGUGAACACCCUCUAGUGGAGUGGCCCUUUAAUAACAGGCUUGAAUUCAGCUGUUAAAUCACUAUUAAUAUAGUUGGUUUAUUAUCUUGAGGUGUUUAGAGAACACUGGGCAAAAAAAGGUUUGAUGAACAGGGUAGUUGUUUUCCACCAGGAUGCCAAGAGGAUAAUGUUAAGAGAUUAAGGACAAAAAAUAGGAGAUUGGUGAAGUCAUCGGUACAGCAAUAUUACAGAAAAUGGUUUGUAUAAUAUAUAUUACUUACUUAAAGUGUUCUUAAAAUCCAGACAGACUACAUAUUCACACUGAAUACAUAUUCCCUGUAUGAACAUAUAGGGUUAUAUAUUACAUAUGGAGGUUAUUUAUCACAUACUUAUCUGUAUUGAUUUAAGAAAUUAAUUUGCAAACUGUUGGCUGACAUCGAUACGUUGUGAAUAUAGUUGAGUUGGAGAUUUUUUUUAGCAAAUUCCAUUUUUAUUUUGCUUGACAAACUCUGACACUAUGUGUAUCUAAGUAAUGAUCUUUAAAUGUUACAGCUUAUUCUUGCCCUAGUAAUUAUACUGUCAAAUUUGUAAUAAAUGGUAAAAAGUAUGAGAGGAAACAUUUAAUAAUGUGACUUUCAUUUUAAAAAGUCCUGCUUCUCAUUGAUAAAAACUGUAAAAUAAACAAAUAUAGUUGUGACAUGAUUGGAAAAGUAUAGAUUGCAGUUUUGUACAUUUUUGUCUAUACACUAACAAAUUAAGUAAUAUGGGAUUUUCCUGUAGCAUUUUAUUAAAAGAAUAAGAUAGCGCUAGGACAAACAACAUUCACAUCUAUGGGAAGCCAUAGAUGGAAAUUGAUGUCUUAUGAAGGGUGCUAUAGCUCCACUGGAGGCAUCCAGAGAUGUUUUUUUCAGAAAGACUCUGAUAAGCCAGCACUUCUGGGAGCUGACCGACUCAUUAUUUCUCACUUUUGCGGGCUCACAGCUCACUGUUGUGGAGACAAUCUUUUUAACCACUUACUAAGGUUUUGCUGGGUAAUAAUGUACCUUACAAUUGUUUAGUUCACCAACUACAAGCUAAUACCGAUGGAAAGUCAAUGGCAAUUGUUAAUUUCAUUGCUGACAAACUCAGACAUAUUGAUGGGCAUCUCAAGAUCCAACUAUUUCCUCCGUCUCACUUAGUGGCAGGAGUUUAUUUCUGUUUGAUGGGGUUUUUUGUGCCAACGAUUGGUUUAAUAAUGCUAAUAUUAUGCUCAAAAUCCUUAUGUUUCACAGCUUACUCAAAAGCUAAUAUUUUCCUCCUGCUAACUGUUCAUUACAAUAUGUGCUCUGAAAAGUGACUGAAAUCACUAAAAUAUCCAAGCUUAAAAUUUGUUGAAUUAUAAUUUUGUUUCUGUUCUUGCCAUAAAAUUUGUACUUCACUUUUAUUUUUUUCAGAUUUUAGAAAGUUCAUUGUAUAGUGGACAAAUCAUGUUAUUUUUGAAAAACCUCUACCGGAAGAAUAUUUUCCUCUCUCUAAUACUAGGUGGCAGAAUAAUAGAAAUAAUCAUUUUAUGUAAUUGUAUAUUUUUCCCAUCACAAAAAAAAAUUAAAAAUUACUAAUAAUUACUAAAAAAUAAAAAUGUACUAUUCCUUAUAUUUUUCUAUUCAUUUUUUUAGGGAACAGAGGUCUUACCAAUUUUGUCAUCUGCCCUACAAGACAAGGCUUAUUUUGAGAGACCAGAAGAGUUUUAUCCUCAGCAUUUUCUUGACUCAAAUGGAAGUUUUGUAAAAAUUUAAGCAUUUAUCCCAUUUUCAGCAGGUUAAACCAACUUGACAAUUUUUUUUUUGUUUUGUUUUUUCAUAACAUGUACAUGUGUAUAUAAUUGGAUAUAUUUACAGCUGUUGUAAGCAUAAGUUAACAUACAAUGUUUACAGCGGUAAGUAAAAAAAAUAUUAAUAGUAAUUUUGUGCUCUAUCAGCCAAUCUGCGUUUUGUUUUACAGUGUGGGAAUCAAUGCACCCUAUAAACAUUGUAUUUUUCUGCUUUGAUUUCCUCAGAAAUAACAUACUAUAAGUUAAAAACCUUCAUAGAACCUCACAUAAUAGUUAAACAAUGUGUUCCAGUUUUGCAGAGUAAAUUUGUAGACUGGCAAUAAAAUUUUAAAGUGUUUCUCAUAUCACCACAAUUGUUUAGUGAAUAAACAACUUUUGACUUUAUGUGAUGUUAAAAGUGUACUCUGCGCACCAUAAGUACUGCAGUUCACCUGUGAUUCAAAACAGCGAUCGACAAUAUCCCAAAACCCUUUUAGAGUGAUUUGAUCGAAAACAUGCUCUCACUGAUACUCACCUACUCUCCAGCCAUAUUGAUAAUGCGUACUUACAUUUAAGCAUUACCAAUAUCAAUUUCAUCCAAUGCGCAUUGACAGGUAAAGAGCCUUGAAGAGGUGGCAGGCUAUAGAUGCAGAUACAUCCACUCCCAAAAUGUCUGACAAAAAAUGUUGGAUGCCUCCAAUACAGUCUCUGUAUCAUAAACACGUUACUGAGUUGUAGUUAUGGUGCUCAUACUGCUCCUUUAAGGAAAUAUUUUGAAACUAUUCCAUUCAUUAUAAAACAGACACUCUUAACUUGUUCUUAUUAUUAUUAAACAAUUAAAAACUAAAUCCUUCACUUACCUUAUCUAACUAUUCUUUGUGUGUAUAUUUUAGGACGAAGAAGCUGUGCUGGGGAAAACUUAGCUAAAAUGGAAUUGUUCCUGAUCUUUACAAGACUUAUGCAAACAUUUACAUUCCGGCCUCCACCUGGUGUAGAGGUUGAUCUCACCCCUGUAUAUGGUGCUGCUUUAAGCCCUUCUGUGCAUAAGAUCUGUGCUUUGCCACGUAAUUAGAGCACUUUUUUGAUGGUGAAUGUUUGGUUAAGAAACAAAUAGAUUUCCAGAUAAUAUAAAGAAUAACCCAUAUACAAUUUAUCUGUGUGAAUGUUUAGCUCUGUUUGUAUCCUUUGUUUUACUGAUGUACAGACACUGUAUGAAAAUAUAAAAUAAAUGUAUUUUUUAAUAUUAUAUUAUACAGAAUUUCAGUAUACUACAACUAAGCUCUUUUUUAAAGUAUAAAAUGGACUCUACAUUUUACAAUCUAACAAAUGCCUUGUGUUUGAAAUAUUUACCCAAUUUUAUGAUUCUGUGGGCAUUGGUGGAAACCAACAUAUCACAUUUAUCUCAUGAUAUGCCACAAUGUGGAAGUCCUUCUUAUGUAAUUCAUUUUCUUCUAACAGUUGUUCUCAUAGAAACCUAGACAUCACAUAGAAUUAUCCUGAGACAAAUGAAUUUUGAUACAAAUGUCUUGUUUCGCUGUGCAAGGAUGAGUGAAUAAAAUAAAUAGGAAAAAGAGAGGCUCAAAAAUAUUUUUUUUCUCAGUCCUUACAGCGUAGGUGGUAUCAUCCCCACCAAGGAUACAUUGUCCAGAUAUCAGGAACAAGGCGGGAUGGUCCAGUAGAAUGUUAAAAAGUAUAAUACUUUAUUAGAAUAUAUAAAAAAUACAAAAAGUGCAAUCAAAAUUACUUUAACGCAUUUUGCCUUACUGCUUGGGCUUUCUCAACGUGUAUUACAGAGGCCUGGACAUAAUCUGCUUUUAUAAUUGAGUACACUUUGAAAUUUGCAGUAAUAAACAACAGACCAUCCUCCAUCGGACCAAGACAAUCACACCAUAUCCACAGGUGGGAUCAUGUUGCCCAGGCACUUCUAAUUGGAGCUUAUUAAAAGCUCUACAUACUGCCUACCCCAGAAGACCACUCUAGUCAAUGCUCCCUCCAUCUGACCAGGAAUAGAGAGUCUCUGGUUUGGGUGUUUUAGCUGCCUUCCAUCACCUAAACACCUACAUCAUUAAUGCUAGAAACAUAUCUCCUUUUUUUUUUUUUUAGUUUUUUUUCUCUCUUUUUGGUUUGUUGGCUGGUUGUUAUAACUACUUCAAUAUGUCUGUAUUUGACUACAGAAACAAUAUUAUGAUUGAACUCAAUGUUUUUCAGGACAGAAUUGAAAUAGAACAAAUACAUACCAGAGAUUCACAAAUAUCAUUACUUACCUAAUAAUCCCAUUGUACAGUGCUACGGAAUUUGAUGACGCUGUAUAAAUAAUAAAAUAAUGAUGAUGAUGAUAAUAAUAAUAAUAAUAAUAAAAAAGAGAAAGCUAUAACCAAUGAUGGGAAAUUAAAUAGGAAAUAGCUACUGAAGAAAAUAUAACUCCUGGAGUAUUAAGGUUAUUUUAAAUGCCAACACCCGACCAAAAUUACAAUUAAUUUAAGGAGGAAUGGUAUUGCCAACUAUAAAAUUGCACAUUUGAAUUAAUGAAAAUAUUAAUCCAUGAAUGCAGUUAUGGCAUUCUAUGCCAUCCCACAUUACGUGGACUUAAAAGCCGUUACUGCGGCAUAGAAUGCCAUAACAGUUUGCAGCCCCCGAUCCUGCCAAUACUUACCUAUCCCAACCAUCUGGUUCGGGGGACUGCCCAUUAACACCAGCAGUGUAACAGAAUAGACAUUUACGUAUAUUACCACACAAAUACAUAUACAUAUUUCAAUUCUAUGUAUAUAUUUAUGUAAUUAAUUAAACACAAAUAUGAGUGUUUUAAAACAUUCAAAUGUAUCACGAUGAUUAUAUUAUCAGUGAAAGUGCAGUUUGUGUGCGAAAAAUGCAAAAAACCAAACAUGAACGCUAUAUUUGGCUACUAAAAAAGGCUGGAAUACCCCAUUUUGAUAUCCUGGGUUGUCUAGUUUUGCAAAUGAUAUGUCAUGAUUGGGAUAGUUCUCAUUACUGGGCUUCCAUCCGGUCUUCAAGGCAAAUAGGCCCAGCAAACCAAAGGGGGGGCUUAACCAUGAAACGGAGCAGACGUCAUUUUCCGCUGCUCUGAUGGUGCUCCUACUAAUCCACCAAAUAUCACAAGUCUUCCUGCUCAUCCUACCACCACCUGAGUUCGUCAGCCUCCGGUAAAUGCUGUUUUUUCAGAGCUCGAGGCAGAAAUGUCAGAAGAGGAGGCCUGUAGCCUACCACCUCCCUACACGCCUGGACAAGCUGCUGGGUUCUAUCCUGUUCCUGAGUGCCCCAGAGCCGGACCCAGGAAGCAGACCCACAAUUGAUCAGCCCACAACUAUGGGGAAGUGCACACAGAAGCCACCCCCUGGUACACAGACUGACUCCCAUGACAUAGGGAUAUAGCAGUGAUUCAGGCUGACAUGCAGGUGGUCACUGACAGGGUUCAAGCCAUCGAAGAGGAUAUCAUAAAUGUGAGGCAAGAAAUGUCUAAAGUUAAAGGCUCACUACACAACAUACAAACAACACAACAUUUAUUCUCUCUACAACUUGCUACAUUUGAUGAUCGCUCCAGGCGCAACAAACUUUAAAUAAGAGGGGUGCCAGAAGGCCAUGCUUGAGUUCUUGAAUAAAGUGGCGGUGGCAAUAAGGGUGAAGAGGGAUGGAGGAACGUUGCCAUUGUAUCAGCAUUCCAGGUCCGGAAGACACAUACAGCCCCAGCAAAUGCUCCCAGGGACAUUAUAGCCAUUACCAGGGACAUAAGAGUUAAGGCAGCCAUGCUGGCCCACUCGGGGAGCAUACUUACAACCACUGUGUCCAGAUCCGUGUCUAUGAUGACUUACCGCUCUCAACUCUACUGGAGAGGAAGGGUUUCCAGUCCAUUAUCAGGCAAUUGUGUGAGCACAGUAUAAGAUAACUCUGGGGAGCAUCUGGCACUCUUGUGGUACAAUGCGGAGACACUGUCCAACUGCCACGGCCACUCUCCCCUGCGGAGGGAACGUCCUCGGCCCCGGAUCCAGCUGAUGCUAGUAUGGGGUAGAUGGAGAACUCUGUAGCCAAGGCGACAAAAAGGAAUUUGCGCAAGAACAAUCCUCCAUAGUGCAGAUAGGGCACUGAAGUGCUGGAAAGUCAGCUAACUACAAGGCCUCACUGAGGUCCCGCAGAGACCUAUGCCUUAUAUACGACUAUCUUUACUUCAUUUUCAUUAAGUUUUAUUUCACGUUACUAGCCUGAGUUAACCUGAUAGGUCAUAAAAGUUUUUAUUUUUCUCUUUCUUUUUUCUUUUUAAACUGGCAUUUCAGGCAAAUUAUAUAUCAGCACCAUUACCUGGCAUACUGUACAGCAUGAGAUAUGGAUAUGGAAUAUAAGCUGAUGUGAGGAUGAGUACUCAAGCCUCAGAGGCGAGGUCAGAAGGGAGGGAGAGGUUAAGAGGCAUAUCACCCAAUAGUUGAAAUUCCAUUUGACUACAUUUGUUCUAGAUGGCUACCCACAGGUGCAGUAUGAGGGGUGCAAAACCAAGGAGUUGGCCUAGACUUACAAAUAUAUAUAUAUAUAUAUAUAUAUAUAUAUCUGAAACCAGAGGGCUGCACUCAUCUGAACAUGCGUAAAGGUGGUGCUGCUGUCACAAGUGCCUCAUUCCAGGUCCCUAUUUAACCUUAUACUGCAGAGAGCCCCAGGUGGAUUUUUUCCCCCCAGGUAAGUGGGUUAAUCUCAGACACUAGGUUGUUAGAGUUGACCUGCCAUGGGAUACAUUAAUGUUGUGGCAGGCAUAUGCAAUUUAUGAUCAUAUACCAUAACUAAACCCCCAUUUUGUUUUGCCUAGAUUAGCUGUUUUAAAAAAAACUAAUAAAAUCUGUAAGCUUUGAAGUUGUUAUUUAGUGGAUGAGUGAGUGCGCUGGAUCUUGUGUAUUGUAUGAAUUGGCUCCAGCAGCACCCCAUUUAUGCAUGUUCAGGUUCUAUGCUAGGGACAUUAAAAGGCUCUGUUAGGGACAUUAAAAAGGCUCUGUCAGUGGCAUUGCAAGACUCUGUCAGUGGCAUUGAAAGACUCUGUCAGGGGCAUUGAAAGACUCUGUUAGGAACAUUAAAAGGCUCUGUAAGGGACAUUAAAAGGCAGCAUUGAAAGACUCUGUCAUGGGCAUUAGAAUUCUCUGCUAGGGACAUUAAAAGGCUCUGUAACGGACAUUAAACGGCUCUAUCAGGGGCACUGACAGACAGUCAGAGGCACGGAAAGACUCUUUGAGGGGCAUUGAAAGACUCUGUCAGGGCCAUUGAAAUACUCUGUCAGGGGCAUUGAAAUUCUCUGCAAGGGACAUUAAAAGGCUUUGUAAGGGACAUUAAAAUGCUCUGUCAGGGGCAUUGCAAUUCUCUUCUAGGGAAAUUAAAAGGCUUAGUCAGGGGCAUUGAAAGAUUCUGUCAGGGGAAUUGAAAGAUUCUGUCAGGGGCAUUGAAAGACUCUUUGAGGGGCAUUGAAAGACUCUGUCAGGGCCAUUGAAAUUAUCUGCUAGGGACAUUAAAAGCCUCUGUCAGGGGCAUUGAAAGAUUCUGUUAGGGGCAUUAAAAAUUAUCUGCUAGGGACAUUAAAAGGCUCUGUCAGGAGCAUUGAAUGACUGUCAUGGGCAUAGAAAAACUCUUUGAGGGGCAUUGACAUUCUCUGCUAGGGACAUUAAAAGGUUCUGUAAGGGACACUAAAAGGCUCUGUCAAGUGCAUUGAAAGCCUCUAUCAGGGACAUUGAAUGACUCUGUAAGGGGGAAAAAACUGUUAACUGUAUUUUUCAAAGUGUUCAAAUCUUUUUACUCCAAGUCUAACUAAAAAAAUCCUGCUUUAGUUCAGUUCUUUCUAAGAGCAUCAUUAAAAUCAGCAUUCUUUUCAGUCAGAUUGUGAGAUCUGUAUUUUUCAAAGGUUUUUUUUGUUUUUUUGUUUUUACCAAUAAACAACCAUGAAUUUGGAAAGCUGGCUAAAGCAGGAAACUCUUCUGAGAAAAAAUAUUACUACUUCUACCUGUUCGGCACUUUAGAAACUGAGAUAGAAGAUACAACAAAACUUCCAGAAAACAUGCCCGAAAUAGUUGUAUCUACUGUUCCUCAAAUAGCAGAGACAAGUGACAAGUCAAAAAUAUAAAAGAGCACACAAUGCUAGCCAAACAAAGAAAAGAAAAUAUGAUGAUAGCUACUUGUCAUUUGGAUUCACAAGUGCCAGAAAUGAAGAUUGUCCUGAAGCACAAUGUGUACUUGCUAAAUUACAUAGUCAUUUUGAGCAAAACCACACAAAGUACAAAGAUAAAGACAUUGUUUGUUUUUUUUUAAAGUGAACGCUAAAGGAGUAUCAGAAGAGUAAACAAUUUAUGAGCAAAAAAUGUCAAAAUGCUAAUGAAAAAGCCACAGAGGCUUCUUACAGAGUGACCGCACAGCACUUGCAGGAGAAGCACACACAACUGGGGAAUCACUAAUAAAACCAUGUGCAACAGAAUUGCAACCCCUAGGUGGGGUUUCCUAGGGAGAUAAUGUCGGAUCAAGGAACCCAAUUCACCGUGGUGGUUACCCAACAGCUCUGGCAGAGCUGUGGGGUAAAACCCAUAUUAAGUUCUCCAUAUCAUCCCCAGACCAAUGGCCUCUGUGAGCGUUUUAACGGCACCCUUAAACAAAUUCUCAUCACGUUCACAGAGACCUGUCGGAAUUGGGAAAAGUUCCUUCCCCAUUUACUCUUUGCCUAUAGGGAAGUUCCCCAGGAGUCCACCGGAUUCUCACCGUUUGAACUACUAUACGGGAGACGAGUCCGGGGACCCCUGGACCUAGUACAGGAACAUUGGGAAGGCGAUAUGGAACACACAGGUACCUCCAUAGUCACAUUUGUACUAGAGUUGAGGGACCGUCUGCAGGCUCUGACCAAAACGGUUUGGGAGAACCUGCGGACAGCCCAACAACGGCAGAAGUACUGGUAUGAUAAGGGAGCUAGAGACCGUAUAUUGGAAGUAGGACAAAAGGUCCUAGUACUCAAGCCCAUUAAGACCGAUAAGUUACAAGCAUCUUGGCAGGGCCCCUACACUGUAAUAGAGCGGAUCAGUGAUACCACGUACAUUGUUACAGACUGUUCAGAUGGAAGGAUCCGUCGAUCCUUCCAUGUAAAUAUGCUCAAGUCAUAUCACGAGAGAACAGAGGAGGUCUCUGCGGUAUGCGCUCCAGCAUAUGAGGAUAGCGAGAGUAUUCCGUUACCGGAUAUGCUCCCUCAGGGACCGACAGGGGUAGAACAAGUACAGUUGGGCAACGAAUUAAGUCCAGAGGAGCAAGCUCAGGCUUCCCAAUUGUUGGGGGGGUUCGGGGGCAUGUUUUCAGCAUCCCCAGGGUACACAACCCUGGCAGUCCACAGAGUGGAGACCCCAGGCCAGUUACCUCUGCAGCAGCAACCCUACUGAAUCCCCGAAGCCGUACAGGAAAGUAUGUUAAAAGAAAUCCAGGACAUGUUAGAACUGGGUGUAAUAGAGCCGUCUCAAAGCCCAUGGGCUUCUCCAGUGGUUUUAAUUCCUAAAAAAGACGGUACCACCCGGUUCUGUGUGGACUACCGCAAGCUAAAUGAUAGGACAGUCAAAGACGCAUACUCCAUGCCCCGAGUGGAUGAGCUGCUUGAUCGCAUGGCUAGGGGGAAUUAUUUGACCACUAUUGAUUUGUGUUAGGGAUAUUGGCAAAUCCCCUUGGAGCCUGAGGCCAUUCCAAAAUCGGCAAUUGUCACCCAUUUGGCCUAUACCAGUUUAAGGUUAUGCCAUUUGUGAUGAAGAAUGUCCCCGCUACGUUCCAAAGGAUGGCUGACCCUCUCCUAGAGGGAUUUUAGGGCUUCGCUUGUGCUUACCUGGACGAUAUAGCUAUCUUCAGUGGCACUUGGGAAGCCCACCUGGAACACGUCUCAGUAGUGCUCACUCGAAUUCAGAAUGCAGGGCUCACGUUGAAGCCUGAGAAAUGCCACGUAGGCAUGUCUGAAGUCCAGUACUUAGGACACAGAGUAGGGUCAGGGAAACAGAGGCCAGAACCAGCCAAAAUUGAGGCCUCAACCCUGAACUAAAACUCAGGUCAUGGCUUCUUUAGGCACAGCUGGCUACUGUAGAAAAUUCGUAGCAGAGUACAGUGCCCUUGCUAAACCCGUGACGGACCUCACCAAUAAAUCUCUACCCCGACAAGUAACCUGGUCCCCUGAGUGUGAGGAGGCCUUCCAGAAACUCAAAGCUGCAUUAAGUGCAUCUCCUGUGUUGGCGGCACCUGAUCAUACUAAAAGGUUUCUCGUCCACACAGAUGCCUCCAUGUUUGGACUGGGAGCAGUACUAAGCCUGGUGGGAGACGAUGGCAUGGAUCACCCGGUGGCGUAUCUGAGCAGAAAACUGUUAACACGCGAAGUCAGCUAUGCCACCGUGGAAAAAGAGUGUCUGGCAUUAGUCUGGGCACUUAAAAAACUACAACCCUACCUGUAUGGACGCUCUUUCACAGUGCUGACUGACCACAACCCUUUGAUUUGGCUUAACAGAGUAGUGGGCGAUAACCCCAGACUACUCAGAUGGAGCUUGGCACUGCAACCCUAUAAUUUUACAAUGCAAUAUCGCCCCGGGAAGCAGAAUGCCAAUGCAGAUGGCCUGUCUCGGCAAACUGAACUGGAAAAGUAAUUAUUUAGUUUUUUUUCUUGUCGGACAUCCCUUAGCCGACCCGUUAGGAUCUAAGCAGGUAUGCCGUUCCAUGGGACUAAGGGGGAGCUGUGUAACGAAAUCCCUUAUUGAACAGACCAUGCGAACCAGCCUGUUCGGUUAUUUGGAUGGUUACAGAGUGAUUUCGUGCAAAUAACGAGAAAAACGAAUAAACUACCGAACCACCCGACCUCCCACUGAGGUCGUGUGGCGCCUAUUAACCACCCAGACUUUUGCGGUUAACCACAGACUAAUUGGGGAAUAGCUGGUGGUCCGCGUUCGUUUACCGAACACGUGGCAAUCGCCAUUUUGGAUUGUCGACCGCUUAGCGGUAAAUGGCGAUGAUUCCCUGGAACUAAUUUCGGCUACUUAUUUUGCCGAACACCGCUGCUACCUCUUCAAAUCCUCGUUCGUACGGUGGAAAAACACACGAAUGCCGGAGAUACUACCUCAUUCGUGCGUUGGAAGUACGCGAAAGUGACCAACCCCAGAUAGCUACAGUAUGGAACUUGUUGUCGGCUACAAUCACGCGAACGGCUGGCGAAAGCCAAACUUCAGUCGACGUUUCUGAGAACUGUGUUCGUGGGAUCUGAGCGCUAUUCGCCUAGAAUAUGCACUCAGAUCCAAACUAUCUGUGAAAUAUGUGGGACUUAAAGUUUAUGUUCUUUAAAAUUUAAGUUAUAGGUUUUUAUGCUGUUUUGCUAAAAUAAGAAAAGCCAUGUUUCUUUCUACCUGGAGAUAAUUAAGGCUCUUUUUACUAACUUAAGUUAAUUAUCUCCAGGAUGGAAAAGAGGGAGUGAUUUAUGUAAAAGGGGAGUGCUUAUGUUAUAGCCACUGUGAUUGGCUACUGUAAUGCUUUUGUCCCAGUCUUCCAUCUGGUCCCCUAGGGGAGUGUCCACCAGGUGGGAGACCUGCAUAAAUACCGGGCAGGUAGCCCACAGUAAAUCAGAUCGUUUUACCCCUUAAUGAAGUCUCGACUCAUGUUUGGGGGAUUGGGAGUUAUUAUCACUUUGUUUCAGCUGGAUUUUGGAAGAAGCUGCAAGGAUCAUCGCUGCACGAAUAGAAGGAUCCUUUACAGUGUCUGUGUGUGUGUUUGGACUCAGCAGUCUGUGUGUGUGUGUGGAAUCAGCAGUCUGUGUGUAUAUGGACUCAGCAGUUUGUGUGUGUAUAUGGACUCAGCAGUUUGUGUGUGUGUAUGGACUCAGCAGUCUGUAUGUGUGUGUGUGUAUGGACUCAGCAGUCUGUGUGUGUAUGGACUCAGCAGUCUGUGUGUGUGUGUAUGGACUCAGCAGUCUAUGUGUGUGUGUGGGCGUAGCAGUCUGUGUGUGUAUGGAAUCAGCAGUCUGUGUGUGUGUAUGGACUCAGCAGUCUAUGUGUGUAUGGACUCAGCAGUCUAUGUGUGUGUGGACUCAGCAGUCUGUGUGUAUGGACUUAGCAGUCUGUGUGUAUGGACUUAGCAGUCUGUGUGUGUGUAUGGACUCAGCAGUUUAUGUGUGUAUGGACUCGGCAGUCUGUGUGUGUGUGUGUGUGUGUGUGUGUGUGUGUAUGGACUCGGCAGUCUCUGUGUGUGUGUGUGUGUGUGUAUGUAUGGACUCAGCAGUCUGUGUGUGUGUGUGUAUUGACUCAGCUGCCUGUGUGUAUGGACUUAGCAGUAUGUGUGUGUGUGUCUGUAUGGACUCAGCAGUCUCUGAGUGUGUAUGGACUCAGCAGUCUCUGAGUGUGUAUGGACUCAGCAGUCUAUGUGUGUAUGGACUCAGCAGUCUAUGUGUGUGUAUGGACUCAGCAGUCUAUGUGUGUGUAUGGACUCAGCUGUCUAUGUGUGUGGACUCAGCAGUCUGUGUGUAUGGACUCAGCAGUCUGUGUCUAUGGACUCAGCAGUCUGUGUGUGUGUAUGGACUCAGCAGUUUGUGUGUGUGUGUAUGGAAUCGGCAGUCUAUGUGUGUAUGGACUCGGCAGUCUAUGUGUGCAUGGACUCAGCAGUCUGUGUGUGUGUGUGGACUCAGCAGUCUAUGUAUGUAUGGACUCAGCAGUCUAUGUAUGUAUGGACUCAGCAGUCUGUCUGUGUGUGUAUGGACUCAGCAGUCUGUGUGUGUGUGUGUGUGUAUGCAGUCUUUCAAUAAUUAAAAUUUUUAUUCAUGUGAGUUGUUGUGUAGGAAGGGCCCCAGUGCACUGCUUUGCCCGGGGGCCCAUAACGCUGUUAAGAUGGUACUGCUUGUGUGUGUCAGUGAGCUUCUAUUUAGUGAGCAUGUGUUUCUGUCAGUGAGCUUGUCUUUAGUGAGCUUGUGUGUGUCCCUGAACUUCUUUGUAGUGAGUUUGUGUGUGAGUCAGAGAGUUUUGUCUGUCAGUGAGCCUAUUUGUGCAUGUCAGUGAGCUUGUGUACUUACUGUACAAGAUAGAUAGAUAGAUAAUGACUUGUAGGAAUGGCAUACAAUUUUUCCAGGGCUGCUUUGGAUUCCCAGUUUGGCUCUGCCAGCGAGUGUGCUUUAUCGCUAAAUCAUCUGUGUGAGCUGCCGCACACUUUAGCCCUGUUACACACGUGUGGGAGCUGCUGUUGACAGGUACUUGUAGUCUACAGAUUGGGACAUGGGUUAUAUGCUCAGCUAUCUGUAUAAUACUAUAGUGCUGUUCUCUGUAUAAUACAGGUCUGUGUGUGUAUAAUAUCCCGGAAUAGUCAGUGCUUCCUGUAUAGUGCUGUUCUCUGUAUAAUACAGACCUGUGUCUGUAUAAUAUCCCGGAAUAGUCAGUGCUCCCUGUAUAGUGCUGCUCUCUGUAUAAUCCAUGUAUAAUACCCACAGAUUCCGGGAACUAGAGGAAUUAGAAGCAGUAGAGUGGUGCCUGAAGUCUCAAUCAGAGACGUUUAACAUGUUGAAUUGGUGGCAUGAAAAGGGGCUAAUGGAAUAUGUGCAUAUGUUUUCCUUUUGCUCCCAUUUCUCUCUUUUAUUCCAUUCUGUAAAUUUUCCUUUAAUAUCUUUCAUUUCCUAUUUUCAGCUUUUUUUUUUUUAAACUAUAUUCACUCCUCAAUAUAAUUAUUUUAGUGAACUAAUGUAUGUUAUAUGGUAAAGACACAACUCUGACUGAAGCACAUUUACACAAGGUCUUUUUUUUAUAUUUGUACAGACAGUGUCACCACCGAUACCCAACUCACCUAAAAGUGAUAAAAUGUACCUGCCUGAUAUAGAUGCUGUGCUGUGAAUGUGUCUAUCGCAUACCAUGGAUACAUGGUACUGUUAGUGGGAACUUGGUGUUUUAAAGGUCUGCUCAAUAAAGAGAAUUGCAGGGAAUUGUGAUGGGAAUUUCCAACAUUAGUUUGAAAUAGUGCAGCUGAAUGGGAGAAUGUUUCUAACUCGGCUACUUUGGCCUUAAGUUUAAAAUUACCAUCUCAAUUCCCUGUAAUUCUCUCUUUAAUGAGUAGACUGUAAUCUGUACUGUGAUAAGUAGGCGGAGAUUAAUUAUGUGGGUUGGACAUAGUGGGCCGAGUUUUGCAGCAGUGGGUGUGGUAAACUUUCAAGGUAGUAAUUGAUAGCUGUGCUGCAAAAUGUCCUUGGAAAUUUUUUUCAAAUGUUGGCAACUAUGGCACUGUAUCAAGGAAAAAAAAUAAAAAUGUUGUCGGGCGGGGCUUAACAUGCGGCAGGGGCGGGGUCAAACUGCAAUGAGGGUGGGGUUAAAUGUGCCCCCCUGCUUUUGUCCCUGGCCCACCAUGUGCCCCCCCUAAAAAUGAGUCCUAGAGACCCAAAUGCCAUCCUUUAGGGGGUUAAAAUCCCCAAAUUGUCCAGUUAGUCCUUCAAUUGUCUGCUGGGACCCUUCCCAACACAUAGGUAGCCGGGGGCCUGCAGCACACUCUCACUUCCCUUCCCAGCAGCUCCCCUGUCUUAAUAUCACAAGCCCCUUGGCCGUCAGAGCGUUGCCUAGGGUUACCAUGGCAACGCUCCGAGCGGCAAGCAGGCUGUGAGAGUUAGAGACAGGAGCUGUUGGGAAGGGAUGUCAGUGUGUGCUUUGGGCUCCCUCUGCAGAGUCCAGUGGCUGGCUUAGAGCACUUAGCCACCGGACCACCAGGGAAUGUUAUCUCCCCUCUCCUUGGCCAGGUAAGAAGUUGGGAGGGGGGAGUAAAAUAAAAUAUUAAAAAGUAAAAUAUAUAUUUUUUUAAAGUAAAAAAAAAUGAAAUGCCCCCGCCUCUCAUUUUACACACAUUACAUACCUACACAAACACACUCUGCAUUCAUUAUAAACACACUACAUCCACUACACACACCCUCUGCAUUCACUACACAAACACACUCUGCAUCUAAUAUAAACCUCUUACAUUACACAAAUGUACAAUCUGCAUCCAUUACACACACACUCUACAUCCACUACACACAUUCUACAUCCAUUAUACACAUAUCACAAUCAGUACACACUGCAUCCCUGUGGGCAAACUCGCGGGCAUGUCCCGGAGGGCCCAGACCUUGAGCUGUGUCAGGGGCCCCAUAAUUUCUGAUGGCAGCCCUGCCGGAGACUGUCACGGAUCUGAAGCAAGAGAGUGAUCUCUUUAAAGAUUAUCUGAAAUCUUGAAGUUGGCAUUAAAAAUGUGAGUGGCCAAUUUAACUUUUGUUUUUUAAGCAAAGGUUUAUACACUAUUAAACACUAUGUUGUGCCUUUAAUUUUUCCCCAAUCAAAAUCACCCCUACUUUCUUGUUUUAUGUCUAUGACAAAAAUGUUUGUUGGUAAAUUAUAUUAUUUUCCAAUUAGAUUAUGAAGCUGAAAAAUCAGUAUGUAAAACCCAAUUAUAACCCUAAACAUUUUAACAUUUUUAAUGAUCUGAGGAAAAAAAAAAACAUUUCUAUUUAUUCUUUUCUCACUUAAGAUUUUCGUGGAAUCAUGUUUGCUAUUGAUCCAGUCUCCGUACUUCUAUCAAUAAUUGUCUUUCUUUUUUUGCUAAAUACUUUUUAUGACCGGAAUGGAAAUAAGUACAAAAACUUUCCUCCAGGACCAAAACCUUUGCCAAUAAUUGGAAAUUUGCACAUUUUGGAUAAUAGAAGACAAUUUAAAACAUUUCAAAAGGUAAUUUUUCUUCUAGCAACAUUGGAUAAAUUAGCAGACUGUAUUUACAGGCAGAAGUGAAACAUACUUAAAUCUUAAAAUCUAUUAUGAUAAAAAAUCAUGGCAAAUGAACACCAUGAUGUUCAAUAUUUCUGGCAAAUAAAUAUUGAAUGACCUAUAUGAAAAAAAUUACUCUAGCUAAUUUUCAGAACAUUUUAAACUUUCAAGGUUAAUUAUUGAAGUAAUAAUUCAAAGUGAAUCCAAACUGAAUUAAAAUGUAAGGUCAAAAUAGCUGAAAUGUGACUCUGAAACUCUGGCCUUAAAUUUGAAAUGCACUUUGAGUUCUCACUUUAGUAAAUAACCCUGUAAAUGUCCUUGUUUGUUUUUGAUUGUCAAUGAAAUACUUUCUUUGUUUUAGUUUUUUUUUAAAACAAGAAAUGAAGAAAACAACAGUCAUUUUAUUAGACGUGUCUUAUUUAUAAACUGGAAUCAAUCAUUUAUUGUAAAUUCUGAAUAGGUUUGUGUCAGACGCUCGUUUGUACAUUGUAUUUCUGGUGAUUUUUGCAUAUUCCAAAGUUGUGUUUUCUGAAAAGAAAGUAUCUUGAAUAAGAGGUCCUAAGCAUCAUUGAUGUUGUGAGUUGGAUUCUGCUAAUAUUAUCAGGUUUUACUUCCCCUUGUAAGCUUAGGGUCACCUGACUAGGUAAUUUCUACUUCAAGACAUACCUGCUGUGUAUGGGGAAGUGGUAUCACCAGAGUUUGUCUGCAUCCUACUUUUAGUUAAUAUUUGUUUCAAAGAACAAUAUAUGUUAAAGAGUUGCAUCAUCUCAUAUAUGUUAAUAAUGUUUUUCUACUGCACAUCUUGGUUAUAUCUGCAUUGUAUAUACACCAGAUAGUCUAAACAAAAAUCAGGAAAGUAGGUGAAGCCAAACCAUAGAUGGCUGCUGAAUAAAAAAAAGAACUCCUACUAUUGUCCACUGAGUUAAUGAAGAGGCUCAUUCUGAACUAUUUAUCAGUUAGAGGAUCUAUUGGAAAAAGAAACCCAAAUCUGGUGGGAUAUUACGAGUUUUGAAUUCUAUGUUUCGAAUAACAUAGUACCUAGGGGGUUAAGAUUACAAAAACCCCUAGCCUAUAAAAAGAAGGAUGAAAAUAUUUUAAAAAAAUGGGACCAAUUGCUGGAUAAAGGGUCCCUACUCCUAAUAAUUUUUUUGAUUGGAGAAAAAAAGAAAGAACUAGAACAAUUGGAAAUUGAAAUAGAUCUUCUAAAAAAGGGAUUACUUAUAGAAACCAAAGAUGGAUUGUACGCAGAGUUACUUGAUAAGGUAGAAAGAAAAGUGAAAGAUCUAGAUAGCAAAAUAGGGGAGAUGAAAAGGAAGAAGAUUCUGAGAGACAAAGAUGACUAUGAUAGGGGGGUUCAGAGAAAUUGGAAAAGACAAGAUAAUAGGAAAUCAAUGUGGAUAGAACAUCACCAACCAAAAGUGACUAGAACCCCUAAUGCUAUAAGAAAUGGAUGGAGAAAUGAGGGCAAUAUGAUGGAGAGAGAGAGAUUUAAUCCCUCAAUAAAUGAAAAAGAAAGGAAACAUUACCACCAACAACACUCCUAUACGAGAUCUAGGAACUACCCCAGAAAUCAGGAGAGAAAUAUGGAGAGGAAGAGGGGAAGAUCUCCCAGAUACACAAUUGAGAGAAAUAACUACAACUAUCAACAUCGACAAUCCCCUUCCCCUAAUAGAGUACAGUUUGAGACUAAACAUAGAAGGUAUGAAGGGAGAAGGAACUAUCCUUCACCCAUUGGAAAGAAGACUCUAAGAGAAAAAAGAGAAACCCCAAGGAAGUCCCCUAAGAGUACACCACUUGUAGAAUCCCAUAUAAAUCUUACCCAGAAGAGGGAUUUUUUAGGGGAUUUUUUAGAGAAAAGAGAAGAGACCAGAACGGCACUAAAGAAAUCAUGGAGGGAAAGGGGAGACCAACCACGAUCCCCAAUCCUGAGAAAAAGACAAAGAAGAGAAGAAGACAGGGAAGAAAUAAACCAAAUUUAGGGAACUCAGAAGAAAUACAGGAGACAAAAAGUGUAUUUAAUCUAUCGAGUUAUAAUCUGAAUAAUGAUGAAAUGAAUAUACUUAAAAAAGGUUUGAAGUUUGCCCCAAAUAAAAAGAGCUCUCAAUUCAAUACCUUUAUAGAUCUCCAUAAGUUUAUAAGAAAACUUACAGUCAAAAAAUUCUUUUUAGAGAAUAAGUUCACAAAAUUUCCGGAAGAAGAGGGAUAUACACACACGGAUCUUCAUCCGCAAUCUAUUUUUUAUCCAAAACAAAUCAAAAGUGAUAGUAUUAGAGUUUUUGAGAGAUUAGUUGAGAAAGAUCUAAGGAAAGUAGAUAUAAAAAGAAAGACCAAAGAUAACCUAACCAUCAAAGAAAGGAAAGUCUUAAAGUCACUCACUAACAACUCAGAUAUUAUAAUAAGAUCUGCAGACAAAGGGGGAGGUGUUGUUAUAAUGGAUAUGGUGGAUUAUGAAAAGGAAACUACGAGAUUACUUAGUGACACAAAUACAUAUUUACCCCUUACAAAUAAUCCUCAGGAAACCUUCAUGGAAGAGUUUUUGGAACUAAUAAAUGAAGGUAAAGAUAAAGGAAUUUUAACUAAAAGAGAACACGAUUUCAUUUGGUGCCGAUAUCCAAAGAUAGCAGUAUUCUACUAUCUACCCAAGAUACACAAGAACCUCACCCAUCCCCCUGGAAGACCGAUUAUUUCAGGUAUCAAUUCAUUAACAUCUAAUCUCUCCCAAUAUGUAGAUAAACUUCUACAACCAAUGGUGGUUCAAUUACCAUCAUAUUUGAAGGACACCACCCAAGUGAUACAAACACUGUCUAAAAUUGAAUGGAAUGAAGGGUUCUUUUUAGUGACAGCGGAUGUUACUUCACUAUACACAAUAAUCGAACAUCUUCAAGGAUGUGAAGCCAUCCAACAUUCAUUUGCUAAAUAUUCGGAACUAAAGAAUGACCAGAUCAGUUUUCUUGUACAAGCCAUCGCCUUUAUUUUGAGCCACAAUUUUUUCUGGGCACAAAAACAAUUUUACCUCCAAAUAGAGGGCACUGCCAUGGGAACCAGGUUUGCACCCAGUUAUGCUAAUCUAUUUAUGGGAAAGUGGGAAGAAGAAUUUAUUUGGAACAACACCACAUACGGUGCAAACCUGGUCCUGUGGCGGCGCUACAUCGAUGACUGCAUUUUUAUUUGGAAAGGGGAUUUAUCCUCUCUAACAGAAUUUAAGGACUAUCUUAAUUUUAAUCCGUAUAAUUUACAAUUCACUUUUACUCAAUCGCAAUCUUCGGUGGAAUUUUUAGAUUUGGAGAUUUACAUCAAAGAAGGAAAAAUAAAUACUAAAACCUUUAGAAAACCAGUAGACUGCAAUAGUUUCCUUCCUUCGGAUAGUCACCAUAAGAAAUCCUGGUUGGACAAUAUCCCGUAUGGGCAAUUUAGGAGAAUAAGAAGGAACUGCACAGAAUUAGAAACUUGCAGAAAUCAGAUGGAAGAAAUGAAAGGUCAGUUUUUGAAGAAAGGGUAUGACUCAGAUUUGUUGAAUGAUGCCAUGAACAAAGCCCUGAAUCUAUCAAGAGAAGAAACUCUACAAAGUAGAAAUAAAAUAUCCAAUUUUGACACUGAGGCUCCCGCAUUUAUCACCCAAUUCAGUGACCAAGCAGGAAAAGUUAGACAUAUUUUAAACAAACACUGGAAGGUCCUGAAAGAGGAUACCACAUUGAGCACCAUAUUGGAUGAUAAACCAAAAAUCUUUUAUUCCAGAGCUCCAAGUUUGAAAACCAUACUAGCUCCAACGAUUAAGGAAGUGAGACCAUCCAGAAUGAACCAGGAGAUGGCUGGCUUUCAUAAAUGCAACAAAUGUCCAGGUUGUAAGAACAACCCCACACAACCAAUACUGACAAGAAAAUUUAGCAAUAUGAAUGGAGAUGAAGAAUUUAAAAUCAAAUCAAAUCUGAGUUGCAACUCUAUAGGGGUCAUAUAUCUUCUAAUUUGUCCCUGCAAGAAAUAUUAUGUGGGCAGGACGAAGAGAAAAUUUAGAACGAGAUUAGGAGAGCACAUUCGCAACAUUAAGAAAGGACUGAAUACGCAUAAUCUUUCAAGACAUUUCACUGACUAUCAUUCUAAUGAUCCAACUGGCUUAGAAUUUUAUGCUAUUGAUUUAAUUAAUCCACAUUGGAGGGGAGGAGAUUUUGAAAAAAGGCUUGAUAAAAAUGAAGCAAGAUGGAUAUUUCAACUUAACAGUUUGGAACCAGUUGGUCUUAAUAUUGAUUUUGAGCUCAAUGCUUUUUUAUAAAGAUUUUUUUUUUUUUUAAUAUAAAUUCUUUUAGAUAUUUUAUAAUUUUAACAAUAGUGAAGCACUUACUAUAGGACCUGUCCCAUUUUAUAGUUGGGGUUACACCAGAUGAUUUGUCCUAACCGCAUAGGUGUCAUUCGAUUCCCAAGUAUUCCCCAUUUAUUUUAUAAAAUUUUUUUUUAUUUGUAGCACUAUUUAUUUCUAGGAAUCCAAUAUUCCUAUUUCACCUACUUUUAUGCUAGUCAAUACCAUGUAUUCAUUAAUUUCUUAUUAGUAUACAAAUUUGUAAUUAUUUUUAAUUAUUUUUUAGACACCCUGUCACUUAAAGUGGUAACGAUAUAGCUACUACAUGAUUUGUCCCAUUGUAUUUUUUAGCAAAUUAUGGUAACACCAGAUGGUUUGUCUCUAUCACGUUGGUUUCCAUUGACCACCAGGUUCUUUUGUUUCCUUUGAUGCCAAGUAUUCGAUACUGUGUACUAGUGGACGCAAUUUUUUCUUUAUAUUUCUUUAUAUUUGUUACUCAUAUGUACUCUUAUUUUUAAUAUAUAUUACUAUUAUAUGUAUUUUUAAAUAUUUUAUUCUCCGAAGCAGUAGUGAUGUAUUUAUUACAGGACUUGUCCCACUUUAUUUUUGCAACUAGCUGUGGUUCCAGUAGACGGUCUGUUCUCACAACAUAAGUUUAUAUUGAUCACUAUGUUUUUACAUUUUCUGUUUCCCUCUAUGUAAAAUAUUAGAUGUUCUGUCAUUCAUUAUAACCCUUCGCUUUUUCUACUCGCAACAGCGUAUGUAUCUAAUGUUAUAAUGUUAUAAUGUAACAAUACUAUGAUGAGACCAAAGUACCAACUUCCCAUAAUGAUUGCUUAUAUAAUUAUGGGUUUAUAUAAUCAUGUAUUUAAGAGCAUGUAUUUAAUGUAUAAUUGUAAUAAAUUACUGGUCAAUAUGUCUUCUAUUAUUAACAUUUAUACAAUAUUAUUAUGUUUGGAUAUUUCUAAAUUAUGUUUAACUAUUCUAUUGACCUUUUAAAAAAGGUUUAAAAAAAGGUUUCUUUGUUCCCAAUUUGUCGUCUUGGCGAAUGGAGGGUUAAUUCAAUAAUUAUAUGCAAUUAACUGAUUGAAGUUAGGGAGUAUAUAAGAAGUCAAUGCUCCUUUGAUGCCAUCCUCUGAUGAAGUGAUUUAAAAUCACGAAACGCGUAAGGAAGGCAUCCGACGAUCACUAGUUCCUGAGAGAGAGAUUUGGAACGCAUACAGCCGCAGUGAAACGCACGCGGAGAAUACCCGGUGUCAGUCUAGCACGAGACAGUCCUCCUCCUUCUCUGUCCGGCCGGCAAGAGAAAGAAACGUCUAUCUUUUUUGGACUCUCAGUCUACUGUGACCCGGUAAACUAUCCACCUCUCAUAUGUGGGACUGUUUUCAAUUUUAACUAUUAGAUAACCGUUAGUCUUUAUAUAUUUUAGUGUGCUGUUCAGACAAUAAAGUAUUAAUUAGUUUCACGUCUGCUGUACAUAUAUUUGACUAACUUUGGAAUUUUCAUUUUUCAUUCGCAUUUUUAUUUGCAUUUUAAUUUAUGCAUACCUUCCUUAUAGGGGUAUGUUAGACAUUCGUAUCUGUGGUAUUGAUUCUUAUAUAUAAGAUCUUUACUAUAUUAACUCAUUUGCAGCUGGUGGACACUACCUGCCUUACUAUAGGAGGUUUAGGUCCGAUCAGCUGACACAUUUGUAUUUCAUAAGGACACACUCAAGAUCCUUGUUACUUGAUAGUUCUACUGAGCCCAGUACAUACUUAUUUGAUUAAUUUCAAACAAGCACCCUCCAUAUAUCAUUCUGAACUAUGGCUAUACAAAUAUAAACUAGUCAGUAAACCACCGAACAAAUAAGAGUGUAAAUAAAUUAACACUGUAGAAUACGGCAAGAGAGUGCAAAUAAUAUAUAAAAAUGAAAUGUUAAAAAAGGCAUGCAAAAAUAGGAGAGUACAAAUAGUGGACACCAGCCUAAUAAACUUUUCCACUUCAUACAGAGUGUUUUAUUUUUUAUUUUUCUAAAAAUUGGUUUACAAACUGGGUUUCCAUUUGUACACCAGAUAUUCUACCUAGGUCUCUGGAUAUCUGUUCGCAACACACUACCAGACUUGGAUUAGAGAGUAUUAAAGUAGGGGCUACAUAUGUAUUAAAAUUGCUAAAACUUUAUAAUCCAUUAUCAUGCCAUGUUGUUCUUUGCAGUUAGCUGAGAAGUAUGGCUCUGUAUUCAGUUUUCACAUGGGAAUGAAGAAAGUGGUUGUACUGUGUGGCUACGAUACAGUGAAAGAUGCUCUUGUCAACCACGCAGAUGAGUUUUCUGGGAGACCUGUCAUACCCAUCUUCCAUGAUACAUUAAAGGGUUAUGGUAUGUUUAUCAGUUAGAGGUAAAAAGUAUUUCAACAUAGUCACCUUUGCUAUUUAUUUUUCUAUUUAUGACAGUAACUGAUUUAGUGAAUAUUCCAAGCAGUGGCGUACACAUGACCCAUGGGGCCCCGGUGCAAAAAUUGAUCCGUGGGCCCCCCCCCCGCGCGCUUACUCAGAGCGGGUCGGGGUCGCAACACAUGGUGGUGGGCACCUGGUCGCAGGGGUUGCAGGGCUGCGACCCCGCGACCGCGGUAUGCACACACACUUAAAGGACCACUACAGACACCCAGAUCACAUCAGCUCAAUGAAGUGGUCUGGGUGCCAGGUCCCUCUAGUUUUAACCCUGCAGCUGAAAACAUAGCAGUUUCAGAGAAACGGCUAUGUUUCACUGAGGGUUAAUCCAGCCUCUGGUGGCUGUCUCAUUGACAGCUGCUAGAGGAGCUUCCGCGAUUCUCACUGUGAAAAUCACAGUGAGAAGACACUGAACGUCCAUAGGAAAGCAUUGAGUAAUGCUUUCCUAUGGGCGGUUUAAAUGCGCGCGCGCCUCUUGCCGCGCAUGUGCAUUUCGGAGCUGAGUGGCAGACACUGGGGAGUCCGACGCUGGAGAAAGGUAAAUGCUGAAGACACACACACACACUCUCACGAACAGACACAUACACACUAGCUAACAGACACACACAUUUACUGACAGAGACACACUCAGCGACAGACAUACAUACACUUUCACUGACAAACACACACUCACUAACAGACAUCAGACACACACAGUAACACACUCACUAGCAGACACACACCCAAUAACAGACACAUUCACUGACACACACACUAACACACGCACUAACACAAACAAACACUAACACACACACUAACACACACACACACACUCUAACAUACACAUACACUAACACACACACACAUACACUAACACACAUACACUCUAACACACACACAUACACUAACACACAUACACUCUAACACACACACAUACACUAACACACACACACUCUAACACACAUACACUAACACACACACUCUAACACACACACAUACACUAACACACACACUCUAACACAUACACUAACACACACACACUAACACACACACACACACUAACACACACACUAACACACACGCUCUAACACACACACACACAUAUUUUUUUUUUCAAAUUUAAUCCCCCCAGCCUCCUUACCUUUUGGAGUGCUGGGGGGAUUCCCUGGGGUCCAGUGGUGCUGCUGGGCUCCUGGUCACCGGGUGGGUGGGCGGGCUGCCUGGCCGGCGCGCGAGGGAGCACUUUCCCCUGUGUGCUCCCUCUUCAGCUCCCUCGCGCGCCGCGUAGGGAUGCCAGCGCCGGAAGAUGACGUCAUCUUCCGGCUCCGGUAUCAUUGCGGUGCGCGAGGGAGCUGAAGAGGAAGCACUGAGUGCUCCCUCGCGCGCCCACCUGCCCAACCGUCCACCUGCCUGCUGGGGUCAGUAGGGCCAGCCUCGGGGGGCCCUGGGAUGGUCGGCUCCUGUGCCCCCCAGGGGAAGAGGCUGGCCCUGGGCGUACAUACCGGGUCGCAGGGGCGGCCGGGCCCCCUGGUGGGCCGGGCCCGGUCGCAGCCGCGACCCCUGCGACCCUGGUAUGUACGCCACUGAUUCCAAGUUUUAUUUAGGGGAACUACAAAGUGACCUGCAAAAGACAACACAUUCUUUCAGCCUCUCUAGCUUACAGUUUGCAUUUUGCCUGUUCAAUAUACUUCUUCCAUGCCUCACUAUAGCUAAUAAUGGAUGCGUUGUCAUGAUCUUGUUAUUGAUACAUGGAGAAAUCUCCGUGUUUCUAAUUCAAAGAAUAAGACCAUAAGUUGACUACCUGCAUGAAAGCACAUUUUCAUUUUACAGUCACUGGUCAAGGGGGUCUCUGCUCAGGCUGUGUUUUAGGAAAGAGUGUAACAUUUGAUCAUAUAAAAUAAAGACAUUUUAAAGCAUUAUUACCUGGUAAUUUUCUUUUCCUGGCUAUUUAUCAUGGCAGCAUCACUUACUGGUUAGCUCCACCUCAGUCGGAUCAGGACAGGAGUUAACCAAUUCAAACAGACUGAAUGUAUAAAGGGUCCCUCCUUCCUUCACACAUCAGUCAAGUUUGCAAGCUAAGAUAAAAGAAGGGGACAGAGAAAAUUACCAGAUAAGUAUUAUUAUUUUUUUUAAUUUUUUUUAAGGGGAGGGGACAAUAAACUUAAAAUAAUGCAAAUUCAAACUUUAUUGUGCUGAAGAACAGAGGAAAGGACUCCUUUCCCAAAAGAAGUUGAACUAGAAUAGUUCAAGUCCAACUUGUAAUGGUUAAUAAGUUGUAGGGGAUGACCAUGUUACUGCCCUGCAGUUAUCAUCUGAAGGAAUCUCUGCCCAGCUGGCCCAAGAAGUUGCCGAGGAUCUGGUUGAAUGAGCCUUUAUCUUAUCCGGAGGAGGCAGCUUGGACUUUCUAUAUGCAUCAGAAAUGACUGCCACAAUGCAGCGCCUUAACGUGGAAGAAGAAGCCUCUCCUUUAUGAGCACCUGAGAGGAGGAUAAAUAGUCGGUUAGAUUUCCUGAAUUCUGAAGUAAUUGAGAGGUAAUUAAUGAUGCAAUCUCUAACAUACAGUUCAUGUAGUUUGAUUUCUUCUGGAGAAGAUGGAGAAGGCUUGAAGAAUGGAAGUAUUACAUCCUGAUGAAGGUGGAAAUUAGAAACCACUUUCAUAAGAAAAUCUUCUCUUGGUUUUAGAACUAUUCUGUUGUGAAAAAUGAGUGUGAAUUUUCGCUGGAAAAAGCUUGUAGUUCCGAGGUUCUUUUAGCCAUGGUGAUGGCUACCAGGAAAACCACCUUUAUAGGUAAGAUAUUUAAUAAAAAUUUCCACCAGAGGAGUGAACGAAGAUUCAGUUAAGGCAUCUAACACCAGAGGGAGGUUCCAUGGUGGAGAAGUAUUUCUUGAUGAAGGACAAAUCCUCAAUGUAGCUUUAAUAAAAUCUGGAUAUUAGGGAAUGGGAUGCCAAUGAAAUGUUAGAUUUUUUUUUUUUUUUGAGGCAAAAUAGGCAAUCCCAACUGCGUUAUCAGGUUGAUAGCUGGGGGAUAAAUAUAGGGCUACCGUAAACCAUGCCAGUGCGAGAUUACUAGAAUGAACUCAAAAUAUGCUAAACUUGGAAUCUCACUCAAUUAGUCCUGCCCUAGCAGGCUGUUUACUGGGUCAUUCAGACAGAGGCUGAACUGUGUCUGGGAGACCUAUGGUGCACAUAGGAAGGUGGCCAAAAAUAAAAUUUGUAGGAAGAAAUUCCUGCCUGUCCGGAUAAGGACAGGAAAAACACUGGUGUGUGAAGGAAGGAGAGACCCUUCAUACAUUCAGCCUCUGUUUGAAUUCGUUAAUUCCUGUCCAUCCAUAAGUGAUGCUGCCAUGAUUAGUCAGGAAAGUUUGGGUUAUGUUUAAAUAAUGAGUAAGAUUCACGUGCAGGCCACUUCUGCAAUUAAUCUUUUUCAUGAACAUGCAUGGGGUAGGGAAGUGCAAUUUCAUUACCAUGCCCAUUUUUGCACACUUAUAUCAUGAAGAUAAGAUACAACUUCAGUAUUUUUGUCACCAUUUCGCAAUAAUUUACCAGAUUGUGAGUAAAUCCCAUUUUUGUGAAAGCGUAUUAUAAAUUUGCUCCUUUACUAAAAAUAAUUUAUAUUUCAAUCUUGUCACAUAAGCUUGCUAAAAUUCCAUAGAUGUUUAGAAAUUGUUGUUUAAAGAAACUGUACGUUUGAAUCUAUUUAUAAAAUAUUUUGGAUUGGUAAAUGUUAUUAUUUUAGUGACAUUUUAGCAAAUUUCACUUACUUAAUUUAGGUGUCGUUUUUACUGAUGGUGAAAACUGGAAAGUGAUGAGAAGAUUCUCUCUUACUACACUACGAGAUUUUGGAAUGGGAAAAAAAGUGAUAGAAAAUCUGAUUAAUGAGGAAUGUGAUUCAUUGGUGGAAGUAGUUAAAUCAUACAAAGGUUAGUGAUUACUUUGGUGGGACACCACCACUAAGUGCCAUGCCCACUGAGUAUUCAGAUGUUUGGUUUCGUAUUUUGUGCCCCCAAUGUGUAUUGUUAUGAUUUUCCCUUGUUUAAAUAUGUGUUUCCCCUUGUAUUUUACUUUUCAUCCACACAGGGGCGCCCCGGUGAUACUCCAUUUAGAAUGUGUGGUUAGAAUGCUCACACCUUGCUAACCAGAGUCCCGCUGGCCGCAUGGAAGUCCAUGCCGACCAAUAGGAGAGGAAGCGCCCAUUCAAACUGGAUUCGCGCCAUUCUCCUUGUUGGUCGGCACGAGUGAGCGCUGAUUGGUCACUGCGGGUGCAGACGACCAAUCAGAGAAGGCUAUCUGUAACCCAGCCCCUCCUGCCUGGGACAAAGGGAAGCAUAAUGUGUGGAAUGGAGACCCCCUGUGGACCCCCACAGGGGGUCUCCAUUCCAUUCUGUGCAUAAAAGAAGCCUGUGUCCAAUAAUGAUUGUGAGAGUCUGGCAGGGUCCAGUGCUUAAAACUCCAAAAUUGUGUCGUCCUGUUAUUGGGGAGAAGGAAGAUUUAACCCAUGUGUCUGCUGUUCCAACUUGCAGGGGAUUCAAUGGGGAAAAGUCCUGGUAAGGACUUAGAGCUUCCAGGGCUGAGUGUCGUCUCUGCCUGGGAGUGCAUAGAGCGAAGUCCCCUAACCAUGCAAGAGUUCUUAAUCGGCUGAAGGAAGGGAACUAACGGGAGGUAACCGGUCUGGGUUAACCAGGAAGCUAGGUCCGGUUACAAUUACUUACACCAAGGGUUUACUUGCUUAAAAGUCAAUAGAUUUUUUUAUUUUAGUUGCUCAACGUGAAAGCUUCUGAAGAACUUUCAGCCAAACAUUAGUCUCCAAUAUAGAUGCUAGUGUCGUGAUGUGCAUAUACUCGUGAUAUCACAAGUAUGAGUGUCGAUGAGUGGGUGUUCAGACUUUCAGAAGGAAAGAAUUUAUACAUGUAUAUGUUUGUAUAGUUUAGUUUUUCUUAUUACAGGAAAGCCGUUUGAGAACACAUUGAUAAUAAAUGGAGCUGUAUCCAACGUAAUUGUAUCUGUACUACUUGGCCAUCGUUUUGAUUACAAUGAUCCAACAUUUUUGAAGCUUCUCAACAUAGUCAACUCAAAUGUUGGGGUUUCUGGAAGUCCUAUGGUUUUGGUAAGAAUGUCUUUUUACCAUUAACACUUAUUAAGAUUUUAAUUGUUCACUGUUGGAGUAGAUAUCUUCAGUCAUCCUUAAAGAUCCUAUCAGACUGGAAAGGUUGACUUUUUGUAUGUGUACGUGUCUCUCAGCUCUGCUGUUCGCUGCUCGCACCCUUAAUGCUAACUCACACUUGCAGGACUUCUCAUGGGUGGCUCCCUUCUAUGCCUACCCCAUCAGACUCUCCCCUAGUCUUCACUCCACUCUCUUUUCUAGUUAUGCUACCUUUCCACCUUGUUGGUGGCUGUCACCCUUGCUGCCUUGUUGUGUAUUUGUACCCCAUCUCCUCUGAACUGUAAGCUAGUCUGAGCAGGGCCCUCUUCUACCUAUUGUUCCUGUGUUACUGUGUAAUUGUCUCAGUGACAUUACCCGUGCUCUAUUCAGUUGAGAGAAAGCAGUAGUAGUCCCACCUGGGGAUGUGACCCUUGAACAAGAGAGUUACUUCAGUAGAUUCCAGAUGGCACAUUCAAAAUCUCAAUUAAAAAGAUGUGGGUUCAUACUAUGCAUUGUCGCUGGUGAUAUGUCUGACUCUAAGGAGGCAUGGUAUCACCGACAUUACAAACUGACUAGCAAGCCAGCUGUCUAUAAGAAGAAAAAUAAUCAUCACUCACCUAUUGCAGUAGAUUGUGUAUCACCAUGCUCAUGCCGAAUUUUUCUCAAGUUACAGCUUUAGAGACCUACCUUUAGGUUAAACAUUUUGGAUCCCUUUUUACCUGGUUUGAAUAAGAUUUUCAUAUGAUUUAUUUUUUUUGUGUAACUUUUUAAAAUUGAAUCUUUUUUGAAAAUUAUUUUUAUAUUUUUAUAUAUUUUUGUUUAUAAAUAUUUUCAUAUUUUGAAAUCAUUAAUUUAAAAUGUAUCCAAUGUAGUAAAUCAUUAUAAAAACUUAUACAAAAAAUAUGAAAUUAGAAUCAUGGUUGGAGGGAAGAUGUUAAUAUGCUACAUGACAUUGUCCUUUGAAAAGGCUUGCAAUGAUAAGAAGCUCCCAUUUUUUUUGUGUUGAGAAUGUUGACCUCUCAUAUGCAAUUUACUCACUGUGGUGGACGUGGAAAUAACUCUCUCACAAAAAAGGUCAAAAUGUGACAAAUGAAUUUCCACAUUUUGUAAUCCAGAUGCACAAUAAAAAACAAAUCUGGAAUAAUGUUCCUACAUCAGCUUGUGAAAGACUCAAAAUAAUAGGUUUCUCUGAUUUUGUCCUUAGAGGAUCAGGCAUUUCAACCAUUUUUCCAUUUUUAUUUAGCUGUACAACAUUUUUCCAUCUCUGGUUCGCUGGUUACCAGGAAGUCACAAUAUAAUUUUUGAAAAUAUCCAGAAGUUGAAGACAUUUAUUAAAGAGACAAUUACAAAACACAAGGACCAGCUGGACAUAAACGACCAAAGAAAUCUCAUUGAUGCAUAUCUUGUCAUGCAACGAGAGGUAACCACAGCAAACUGUACAAUUUAAAUGGGAACUUAACUUAUACAAAAUAUAUUGAUUAUGAAGGUUAUUUUAAGCUAUAUAAUUAAAUUUAGUCUAAACAUGUGGCAAGCGAAACAAUCAUGAAAUGAAUAGCUUAAAGGAACACUGUAGUCACCAGAACAACUACAACUUAAUGUAGUUGUUCUGGUGAGUAAAGUCUGUCCCUGCAGGCUUUUUGCAGUGAACACUGUCAUUUCAGGGAAAAGGCCGUGUUUACAUUACAGCCUAGGAAAACCUCCAGUGGCCACUCCACAGAUGGCUACUAGAGGUACUUCCUGGGGCAAUACUGCAGUGUGCAGCACUGACAUUCAGUAUCUCCACCCUCUGCAUGUAGUCACUUAUUUAUAGAAAUGCUGGUGCCUGGCUCUGCCCCCGGUCUGCCUCCUUGGCUGAGAUCAUCAAAAGUGACAAUCUCAUCAAAUCCAAUGCUUUUCCCAAGGAGGCAGAUCAGGGGCAAAGCUAGCACCAGCCGUCUGGAAUAAUAAUAAAAUUGCAUUUUUACCACCCUCUUCUCAGUAGACAAACCAGGUGAACCCCCUGGAUGAACCUCUUUACAUGACAAAAACUUUAACCACAAUAUAAAAUCCCAUUCAACAAUUAUCAAUCUCAUCUUGCAUGAGAGGGUAUCUAAGUAUCUAAUCCUAACUCGUAAACCACUGGGAAGUAGUCGCAAUUGCAACUUCCUUAGGCGGAGGGAUAGAGAGAAUCACACAACAAAAGAAGAAAAAAAAUGGUAUUCUAUUCAGUAUUAGAUACUAAAUCUUCUAUAAUAGAAGAUUUCUUGUAUUAAGAAAAAAUAAUAACGUAUUUAACCAGGAAAGGUACAUUCAGAUUACUCUGGUUUUCAAGUACAUCCUGGGGAUGUUACCUUAGCCCAACAUCCAGGGGUUGUUAUUAUUACCCAAUUUAAUGGUACUCAUUUUAUCUACCUCGGAAAGGAUGAAGGGCUGAGUCAACCCUGCCGGGAUUUGAAUUUGCGACCCAAGGGUUGAACAUAUUCUACUGAUGAUGCAUCAGCCCACUGAGCUAUCUCACCAGCCUAAGUUUUUGCUAUAUUUAGGGAGGCAGGGGGUCCAAGAUACUGUUUUUAACAUUAAAGCGCCAGGAAUACAUGUUUGUGUUCCUCACCCUAUAGUGUUCCAUUAAAAUAUUUCUGUGUCUAAAGGUUUUUAAUACAAGAGCAAUCUGCCAAUGGGACGAAUAAAAAUAAACAAAUACAACAAAAUAUAUAUUACAUAAUAAAGUAUAAAAGCACAGAACAUAAUAUUUAAGGCUUAGCUCUCCUUCAUCCCCUUAUUAAAAACAAGCUGGUAUGUAGGGUAUCCCAAAGUCAAAUUCAAAUUCCCUUCCUUGACCCAUAAUACCAUGUCUUGAUUAUUAUUAUUAUUUUAUUAUUUAUAUAGCGCCAUUAGUUUCCAUAGCACUGUACAAUGGGAUCAACCUUACUUACUAUCAGGGAGUUCCCCUAAACCAGUGUUCCACAAAUUAGUGUAGAGAAGCAGUUUCUCUAUUAUAAAAAUCAAUGUGUAAUGAAUUAUAUUACCCACAUUCAGUGUGGAUAUGGCAUUCACAGGUUCUAAUUUUAUGUUCACUGAACAACAAUGAUACUGUUGAUACAUAGCUAAUCUGCUGCAAUUCACAAAGCAAUUUAAUUUGCAAACUCAUCCAACUGUAAACAAACAGAAAAUUUAGAUGUAGAAACAAUACUUUAAAAGCAUUUAUUAAUUAGCCAGUUUGAUAUAUGUUUUAUUUUGACUAUUUUUAUGACUCUCUCUGAAGUUCUGUAAAUUCUGUAACCAUAUUUGCUGGUAUUCACAGCCCUAUAUAAUUAUCAGUAUGCAUAAAUGUAUAGCUUUUUACCAGAUCUUUUUCUUCUCUAUUUUACAAUUCAGGAAAAACCCAAAGGAUUAUUUUUCCAUGAUGAUAAUUUAACAGCUCUUGUGGGCAAUUUGUUUGCAGCAGGAACGGGAACGACCUCCACGACUCUUCGAUGGAGCAUUUUGCUAAUGAUGAAAUAUCCAGAGAUCCAAAGUAAGACUUCAGUUUAUGUGUCGGUAAUAUGAUCGGGUUUGCUGCAUAUCAAAAUUUUGGCUUCACUACAUUUAAAAGUAAUGUAACUAGGGGUGGUCACACUAAACGAGAGCUCCUGCAAAUAAGCGACUUAUUUCUGACAUAUCACGCCAAACGUACUAAUUUGGUGCGGCAGUGCAUCAGUGUUAUCCCAAGACUCAACUGGGAGGAUUGCAGUGCUCGGAGAAGCACUCUGAAACCGAUAAAGAAUUGCGGCCUACCAGCAGAUGCAAGCGUGGGAGAGGCGGCCAACCUCCCCGCGAGCUGUCCUGCAGGAAAACACUGAAGCGCUUAGGACCCCCAUUUCCCCCCCUUGCCGGUGAGGGAUAUCCCGGCACAAUUGAUAAGCUAUAAGGCUUUGUCUUGAGACGACAAAUGGAACCAGGGAACUCACCCGAUCCAGACACAUUUCACUGUAGCCAGAGCCAAGAUGGCGACUGCCUAUGACGACAUACGGCCUGCUGGAAAAUUUUGAACAGCGGCUGAACGCAUUCUUCAGAGACUUCUGGCAGAAGCUGUGGUGCAGAGGGGCACAGACUAAGGGGAAGCGGAAAAAGACCGACAAGCGGCGGAUCUCGCCUCCCGGUGGCCUGAACCACAAGGCUGGUAGGCCUCGGAGCACUCAACCAGCCCCCAAACCAAAGAAGCCAGGGAAGAAGAGGGCCAGCUUGAAAGCCACAUCCUGUCCAGAGUCGCCCAAUGCUCGUUACUGCCUUUCAGGGCUGAGAGCCCAAAGGGGGAAAACCCGAGUGCAUGACCCACAUCCUUGGCAGGAGCAGCCACAAGCUCAAGUGGCGAAAGCACCUUACCGAGACUUGAAGCAGAAAUGCUGUGAUGUUAGCCUGCAUGUUCUGGGUGAUUCCCGACCAAGGCCUGUGGAGGAAGGUGGUCUAGAGAGACUAUACUUACCAACACGAAAACCCAGAUUUCAUCUGCCUCAUAAACGUGGUAUUGGCUGAAACUAAACUGCAGACUGUCCCUGUGUUAUUCCCCUCAGUUGUUAUUCUUUGUGUUCCUAUUAUAUUGUUACUAUUAAUUUAGCAUGCAGAACCGUUGCCUAAUGCCUGACCUACCUUAUGAUAUAUUCCUCUUCACAAUAUUGCCUGGCUAUCACAUCUGGGAUAGUAUAAUCUGUGAUUCACACUUGGUGGUCCUUUACCUGCUUAGAUUUUCUCUCUCCUGAAAGCAUAUAACACUUCACAAUGAUGACCAAUCAAAUAGUUAGUUUAUCUAGCUUGUUUUAUUCAGCUCUAGGACUUCUACUCACUGCCUAGCAUAAGCAUGUCAAUUAUAUUGACAAAAUGUGAAUUCCUUCCCAUGUUACGAUAUUAUGUGCUUAGCCUGUCCUCUCUAACGCCUUAAAAUGUGCUAUUUUUCUAUGCCUUGAUAAUGUUCAUUGUUUGCUGCUCGCACCCGCUGUCGUGGCGCUGCAAGCAUUUUAUGUAAUUGAAUGCACAUCAAAAAUAAGGAAUUAAAAAAAAAAAGUAAUGUAACUGAUUGAUUAACGCUGUAAGUUUCUCAAUUGAAGGAGCAAUGAAAGUAAAGUAAGAAACUUGGCAUAAAAUCUUUUAACCCCUUCCCGACCGCUGACGGUUCAGCACCGUCAUCGGAAAAAUCCCCUUGAGGACCGGUGACGGUCCUGAACCAACAUAAUGGAAAUCCUUACUCACCCGGUCACCGUCGUUCCCCCGGCGGUGAUCGUCAUUUCUCCUGGUGUGGGGAGACUGCCUGCAACACAGUGUGUGUGUAUAUAUGUCUAUAUAUCUUAUAUAUAUAAUGUUGUAGUAAGUGUAUUUUUAUAUUAAUACAUACAUAUAUUAAUAUAAAAAUACAAUUAUAAUUAAAUUACACGUGUGUGUGUGUGUAUAUAUAUAUAUAUAUAUAUAUAUAUAUAUAUAUAUAUAUAUAUAUAUAAUUAUUAUAAAAUACAAAUAAGUAAAUUAAAAUAAAUUAAAAAUGUAAAAAUAAUUUUAAAAAAUAUUAAAAAAUUAUAUAUAUAUAUAUAUAUAUAUAAUGUUAUUCUAACUGUAUAUUUAUAUUAUAUAUAUAUAUAUAUAUAUAUAUAUAUAUAUAUAUAUAUAUAUAUAUAUAUAUAUCAAAAUAAAUAUAUAUAGUGGUGGCAGUUUAGAAAUCAUGUCCUGAUUUUUCAGCUCUUGCGAGCUCCCACUCUAGUUUUAAACAUUUUGCCAUUCAUUCCUAUGGGACCAAUUUCGCCACAAGAACGAUGAUAUUCCGUAAACCAUUCGGCGAAACAUUCCACAAAGUAAUAGUAAUCCAAUCGGGAACAAUUCGCACGUUUCGAUAUAUUUCUGUCUAUGUAGUUUAAAAACUGUGGGAGGAGUUAGGGUGGUAAAUUUGGCUAUAAUAAGAAUAAUAAUAAUAAUUAGAAAAGCUACAAUUUCUGGGGAAAUUGUGUGAAGUGUUCUUGUCUCCACCAGUACUCUACAAGCGGAGUAACUGUUAUUAUUUAUUUAUAUAGCACAUUUAAUUGCAACGUUGUUGCCCAAAGUGCUUCACAGUUACAUUAAAACAUACAUUUAUAAAAACAUUAGCAGGUGUACAAAAGGCCCUGUCUAUGACAUCACGUGCUGCUCCACCCUGGAGUAUUUUGGCGGUUGCCAUCUUCAAACGAUCGUAUUUUAGAAUCUAUACAUCCUACAGUGAUGAGCUUAUAUUGUGAGAAUCACAAGACCCAGACCUACAUUUUGAUGCAUAGUAUGUCUCUGAAGUAUUAAAAAUGAAGGCACAGUCGCAGUUUAGAAAUUGCCAUUCAAAUUUGAGCUGGCUAGAGUGAAUGUCAAUGGACGGCGUGAGUUGCAAACAAAUGGUCAUAUUGUGAAAACUAUCAGGACUAUGGCUUAGCCGUGGACAUUUCUAGUGGCAGCAGGGAUAGCUGAAUGUUGUGAUAUAAGAUUUGUGUAGGUGGGCUUGAAAAUGAGGGAGUGGGGGCAGUUUAGAAAUAAAGUCCUGAUUUUUUGGCUCACACGGUCUAUGACAUCACUUCCUCUUUCUUUGCUGCUCCAGCCUGGCACAGGUCAGAAUAUUUUGCCUCUCCUGAUUACUUUUCAUUCUUCAAACUGUCGUAUUUUAAAAACUAUAAAUCCUACACUGAAGAACUUUAUAUUGUGAGAAUCACAAGACCCAGACCUACAGAAAUAAUUUUAUAAAUAUACACAUAGACUUCAAAUAUAUAAACAUGCAUAUAUAUUUAAAUUCUACAUGCAUAUUAAUGUAAUAUUUUUACAUAAUUAAGUAAUUUUAUUGAUUGCAAUUUGAGAGACCUGACUGACAACCCAGGCUGAAAGUCCGCAGAAUUGAAUUUGCUAGCAAUGUAUUUAAUUCUGUAACUUUCUAUGACACCCUAAAACCUGUACAUGGGGGUUACUGUUUUACUCGGGAAACACAAAUAUUAGUGUUUCAAAACAGUAAAAUAUAGCACAGCGAUGAUAUUGUCAGUGAAAGUGAUUUUUUUUUUUUUUUGCAUUUCUCACACACAAAUGGCACUUUCACUGAAGAUAUAAUUGUUGUGAUACGUUUCACUGUUGUGAGUCACUAAUAUUUGUGUUCAGCAAAGUCUCCUGAGUAUAACAGUAUCCCCAAUGUACAGGUUUUAUAGUGUUUUUGCAAGUUACAGGGUCAAAUAUUUUUACAUAAAAAAUUGCCAGGUUGGUUAUGUUGCCUUUGAUAGCGAAUGAGAAUUACCCCCCAUGAUGGCAUACCAUUUGCAAAAGAAGACAACCCAAGGUAUUGCAAAUGGGAUAUGUUCAGUCUUUUUAGUAGCCACUUAGUCACAAACACUGGCCAAAAUUAGCGUUCAAUUUUGUUUUUUGCAAUUUUCACACACAAACAAAUAUAAAUACUAACUUUGACCAGUGUUUGUGACUAAGUGGCUACUAAAAAAGACUAGACAUACCCCAUAUUGAAUACCCUGGGUUGUCUACAUUAAAAAAAAUAUGUCCAUGUGAGGUGUGAUUCAGAGAUUUAUGACAGAGAACAGUGUUACAAUGUUACUAUUUAUACAUUUUAAAAAUAUAUAUUUUGAAACGGCAAUUUCCUACUUGUACUUAUAGCCCUAUAACUUGCAAAAAAAAAGGGAAAAAAGCACAUAAACACUGGGUGUCUUUAAACUCAGGACAAAAUUUUGAAGCUAUUUAACAGAUUUUUACAUUAGCUUUCGUAGGUAAGUAAAAGAUUUUUCAAGUAAAAGUCCAAAAACAUGAUUUUUUUCAAUUUUCCAAUAUUUUUUAUUAUUUUUUUAAAAGUAAAUUAUAUGACAUGAUACAAAUAAUGGUAUGUAAAGAAAGCCACUUUUGUCCUGGAAAAAAAACCAACAUGUAAUUUUUAUGCAAACCGUAAAUGAGAGAGAGGAAAAUUACAGCUAAACACAAACACCACAAAAGUGUUAAAACAGCUUUGGUCCUUAACAUACAACAUGGCCAAAACAGUCCGGUCCUGAAUGGGUUAAUAUUAUUAUUGUAUUAUUUAUAUAGCGCCAUCAGAUUCCGUAGCGCUGUACAAUGGGUUGACUAACAGACAUGUAAUUGUAGCCAGACAACUGAAUGUACAGGAACAGAGGGGGUGGAGAGCCCUGCUCAAUGAGCUUACAUGCUAUAAACUAUAGUAACAAUUUUUUUACAAUUAUUUUUGUGUGAAAUGUUUAAUAAAUAUUUGUUAAUCAUUAAAAAAAAAUUUGCGUAAAGCUCCUGCAGGUGCACGGUUAAUAAAUACAAGUAAAUGUGUGUAUUCAUUUUGUAGCUGUGUAUUCCGGACAUCUGCUACCUAAAAAAUGUGUAUAUCUUAAUGGAAUACAAUUUUUAUUGACAGAAAAUGUCCAAAAUGAAAUAGACAAUGUGAUUGGAUAUUCUCGGCCUCAAACAGAACACAGAAAGGACAUGCCAUACACAGAUGCUGUCAUUCAUGAAAUUCAAAGGUUUGGUAACGUUGUACCUAACAACCUUCCACAUGCAACUACUUGUGAUGUCACAUUUCGAGGAUAUUUUAUUCCUAAGGUAAGUGAGUAAUUGGCAAUAUAUAUGUUUAUGUUGUGCUUGGCAUGUACUCUAUAGUUUACUGUAUUAACUAUAAAUGCAUAUAAACACUUAUCACUGUCAUUUUAUAAAUAUUCAGCUAUGUAUCAGUUUAAAAUCACAUGAAUAAUGUUUGGUUUAUUCAUAAUUCCUACAAAAAUGCCUUCAAGGUGGCUUUAGUUACCAAUGGACUGGUAAAAAUGUGUAACAAAAUGCUACGAGUCUUGCUUAGCUUUAAAACAUGCUAUUUAAUCCAAUAUAGUGUGAGCAUGUAAAGGUAGAACUGUGUGCUUGUUUUUAUGUAAGUUCCUUGUUUGCCCAAAAGAGAGAAAUUGGAGAGCGAUGUACCGGUAAUUCAAAUUAACAUCAUACCAUCUCAAAAUAUUUCCCAAACCACAAAUUAAUAUAAUUAUGAUGUUAUAUUUAUAUCUGUAGUGAGUUUUUUAAUCUAUAAUUAAAUAGUUCCAGUUAUGCUCACACCCUUUUUCAGCCUAGUUUAGUUUAAAGUGACACUCCAAACCCCUAAAGCAUUGUUGCUUGCUGAAAUACUUUGUGUGAACAGUGUGUCCUGUGCAGGGCUGCCAUCAGAAAUUUUGGGGCCCCUGACACAGCUCAAGGUCUGGGCCCCCCGGUGCCUGCACCUGAGUCCGCCCAAAGUGCUGCCCCCCCCCCAGUCCACCCACAGGAAUGCAGUGUCUGCAGGGCCGGUGCAAGGAUUUUUGCCGCCCUAGGCAAAAGUAAAUUUUGCCGCCCCCCCAUGUGACAUCACAAUGCCCCACCCAUAUGAUCUGCCAUGUUAACUAACGCCAGUGCUGCAGUGCCGCCGUGUUUACAUUAAAAGGCCUGCAGGGACAGGCUAGACACCAGAACCACUACAUUAAGCUGAAGUGGUUCUGGGGACUAUAGUGUCCCUUUAAUGUGAGGUAAAUUAGAGAUUAGUGCACAAAUAAUAUACUAGAUUGCCUACUUACAACCAGAUGAGGAUGAUGAUGGGCUCUAGAUGCAGUCUGGCUCCACUGGUCUGGUGUAGAACAGGCUCUCUGGAGGCGUUUUGUAACUGUGGUCACAAAAAUCAAUGUUUUGGGAUCAACGGGAAGCAGCUCCAUUUUUUUGAGGGCCCUUUACACAGCUAAAGGUCUGGGUCCCAGGGUCCACCUUCAUGUUCCACCAAUGAGUUUGUUCACAGAGGGUGGAGUGUGUGUGGGGGGGGUGUCCUGAUGUUUGUAAGGAAUGCAUUGUGUGAAUCUGUGUUUGUAUGUGUAAGGGCUGCAAGGUGAGUUUGUGUAUGUAUGGGAUGCAGUGUGUGCGUCUGUAAGGGAUACAUUGAGUGUGUGUAAGGGGUGCAUUGUGUGUUGCUGUGUGUAAGGGAUGCAUUGCUUGUGUAUGUGUGUCUGUGUGUAAUGCAUUGUGUGUUUUUCUGUGUGCAAGGGGUGCAUUGUGUAUGUGUGAUGGAUGUCAAUCUCUCCCCCUCCCCCGUCAAAUUCCUUCUCCCCCUUCCCCCGUCAAUUUCCUUCUCCCCCUUUCUCCAAUUUCCUUCUUCUCCCCCUUUCUCCAAUUUCCUUCUUCUCCCCCCUCUCCAAUUUCCUUCUUCUCCCCCCCUCUCAAUUUCCUUCUUCUCCCCCUCCCUCUCCAAUUUCCUUCUUCUCCCCUCUCCAAUUUCCUUCUUCUCCCCCUCCCUCUACAAUUUCCUUCUUCUCCCCCCCUCCAAUUUCCUUCUUCUCCCCCUCCCUCAUUCCUUCUCCUUCCCCUCUCCCCCAUUUCAUUCCUAACCCCCACUCCCUCGAAUUUCAUUCCUCCUACCCCCCGACACUGGCGGCGGGGCGGGCAGGCAGGCAUACUGAUGCCGGAGCCGGAAGAUGACGUCAUCUUCCGGCUCCGGCAUCAGUACGGUGCGCGAGGGAGCUGAAGAGGAAGCACACAGAGAGUGCUCCCUCGCGCGCCGGCCGGCUUUCAGGGCCAGCCUCUGGGGGGCCCUGAGGUGACCGGCUGCUGGGGCUGCUGGGCCCCCCAGGAGAAGAGGCUGGCCCUGUGGGUACAUACCGGGUCGCAGGGCCCCCUGCGACCCGGUAUGUACCCACUGAAUGUGGGGCCCGGACGACCUGAGCAGUCCGGGCCCCCCAGGACCGCCGGGCCCAUGACAACCGUUGCGGUUGUCAUGCCCUGAUGGCGGCCCUGGUCCUGUGUUUAUUUUACAAAGAGUGCAGAUGUCCUGUUACUUCUCAUUGAGCUGCAUUGGAAAGUAUGUGUUUGGACAGUCAGAGAAAGCGUAAUCUGAGAAAGAAGAGGAGGGCUUGCAAAGCCUGCAGAGAGAAUCUAAAGCUUUUGCAAGCCGUUUUAUAUUCCCCCCAUGAAAAAAAAAUGUAUAAGAACAAUUUUUUUUUCUCCUGAAUUCAUGAAGAAGGACAGCUUUGGAACCAAUAAUGUAGAUGGUAUUUAACUAGAUGUGUUUAGAGAACACUGGGCCAAAGAAGGUUUAAUGAAUCAGGUAGUUGUUUACCACCAGGAUGCCAUCAGGAUAAUGUUAAGAGAUUGAGAAAUAAAAAUAGGAGAUUGGUGAUGUCCUAAGGACAGCAAUAUUACAGAUAAGGGAGGGAAUCAUGGAUUUCAAUCAACGUGUUUUAAAAGUCCCAACAGGCUACAUAUACGGAUUAAAUGCAUGCUCCUUUAUCAAUAUCUAGGGUUAUUUUAUUUAUUAUAUAGUGAACUGUAUUGAUUUAAGAAACGCAUUUCUUGGCUAAUAUGGAUAAGUUGUCAAUAUAGCGAGUUGGAGAUUUUUCCAACCUCUAAAAUUUUGUGCUAAAUUUAGCAACAUCAUUUUUUAUUUUGCUUGACAUACUCUUUAAAGAAUAUGCUCUAGGGGUAAUGAUUUCUGAAUGUUGAAGCCCAUUCUUGUCAGGGAAGUCUUUAAUAUUGAUUAGACCCUGGACAAGCAUUUUUUGGGGGGGCCCUGGACCCUGCCCUCACUCCUAACUCACUGGCAAACAAUCACUGCCUCCACUCCAACCAGUGAUGGAACUAAUGCAGAGAGGGCACAAGAGUGGAGAAAAGAUAAAAGAUAGAUCCCCAUCAGUUAUACAACUCCCACAAUGCUAUGACAGCUGGGGAUCUACCAUUUGGCAAUUCUUGUAGGGUUGUCUUUGUGAGCAGUGUUUGUGAAUUUAGAUGUUAGUAUGUUUUUGUAUAGAGUAUGUGUGUGCAUGUAGGGGUGUAUUUGAAUGCAUGGUUACCAUGCAAAUGCAGCAAUGUUCUUGUGUGUAGUGUUUGCAUUGAAUGCACUAGUGUGAAUUUGUAUGUGUGUGGAGUUGGUGUUUGUUUAUAAUUGUAGCAUUUUAACAAAGGGGUGUGUUUGUAACAUUUGUAGUUGCAUGCAGUUGUGUGUUUGGUGUAAUGUUGUCUUUUAAAUGCUGAUGUACAUUUGUGUGUAGUAUUGGUGUUUGAGUGAAGGGGUGUGCUUGUAUACAAUUGUGGAGUUUGAAUUCAGGGUUUGGGUCACGGGCAGGGGCAGGGGCCCCACAGGCAGCAGCUUUAGGACCCACAGGAGUAACUGGAUCCGGGACAGCUGCCCCAUUUGCCCCUUGUUAAAAUUUCUUGUCCUAGUAAUUAUAUGCAAGCAAGUGGGGUCCCACCAUCUACAAACUGAUACCGAUGGAUAGUCCAUAAGACUUGUUAAUCUCAUUGCAUACUCAUAUGCAUAUUGAUGGGCAUCUCAAGAACCAAUUUCCUUCUCACUUAGUGGCAGAAGUUUAUUUCUGUUUGAUGUAUGUAGUCCUUAAUCUACGUAUAUUGGUUUUAGAAUGCUAAUAUUAUGCUCUACAUACUUGUUACCCAGCUUACUCAAACGCUAAUCUCUUUCUUGUACUAAUUGAUCAUUACAAUAUGUGCUUGAAUGAAUGUAUGUGUACUGAACAAUGCAUAAAAAUCAUAAAAUAAAUUAAAUACCCAAGCUAGAAAAAUUGCUGAAAUAGGGUUUUUUUUCUCAUUGCAAAAUAAAUUGACUGUUCUGUUUAAGUUUUUUGGGUUUUUUCAGGGAACACAGGUCAUCCCACUUCUUGCAUCUGUCCUGCAAGAUAAAGCUUAUUUUCAGAGACCAGAAGAGUUUUAUCCUCAGCAUUUUCUUGACUCAAAGGGAAAUUUUGUGAAAAAUGAAGCAUUUCUCCCAUUUUCAGCUGGUAAGACCAACUUUGCAUUUUUUUAACAUGUACAUGUAUAUAAUGGGAUAUAUUAACAGCUGUUGCAGGCAUAAAUUAAUGUAUGUUUACAGAGGUUAGUAAAAAAAAAAAAAAAAAAAAUUCUGCAGUUUUCAGCCAAUCAAACCAUACUACAAAUAUGGUAGGUCACAUAUGUAGAAACUAUAAUAUACAAUGGGGUCAUACAAAUUAAGAACUGAAAAUGAAAAGGGCUGCUUCACACCACAACAAAGCGACUUAAAGGAUCAAUAAUUGCCAAAUAUAUAUGUGUGAGCACUCCUAAAAAAAAUUUAAGAUCUUGGCAUCCGUAUAAUCAGUAUAAAAUAUACAUUUUAACAAGUAAAAAAGAACCCAAGCUGCCCCAAAGGUAUAUUUAAAACCUAAAAUGCAACAAUGAUAUAAUUAGUGACAUAAGAGGUGGUAAUGCUGUUUAACCAACUACCACCUAAAAUGUUACCUAGUAGAAAACUAUCAGAGUUUUGCACAGAAUGUAGUGACAGUGUGUUAUCCUAACUGCAGGUCAAAGAAAACUUGACCAAGAGUAAAAAAGUAAGGAUAAAAAAGGGGGUAUGUCAACAACACUAUGAACUCUACAAUGUGCAAAAUACUUCCAAAGGAAAAAAAAAAAUCUUAACAUACAAUGACCACAGCAAUAAUCAUACAUAAAAUCCUAUAUGGGUAUAUGAUCAAAUCAAAUACUCCAAUAGGGGUACUUAUCAGUGGAGGUACUUAUCAGUGGAGGGGCCCCUCCAUGAGACUGAAUCCAUUGUAUAGUUGAGAUUAAUGGAUGCUUCGGAGAUGCCCAGUGAGCUCAACUCCAGAUACUUUGGGUGGAACAGUUCACCGUUCAGACAGAGUGCUGUGCUGGGGGAACACUCCAAGCUGGCAGCAGGUGAAAGCCACAGCCAGUACCUUCAAAAAAGGCCGCAGCUGAGUUAAGUGAGCAGCCUGAAUGAAUCAGCGUACAGGAAUCAGAUGUGGACCAUCUACGCAUUUCGUCUCAUAAGUGAUACUUUUUCAAGACAACGUCCUCGUCUGCAAUUAACCUUAUAUAGCCCUUAAGUCAAAGGCACACAGGUAAAAUAGUCAAUUACAUUAUUUUUUCCAUUUAUUUUCAUAUAUUUUAUUUAACAAAUUACAUAUGCAACAUAAUGAUUUACUUAAUAGAGAAUCUGUAUAGAAAACCAAAACUUGAGAAUAUGUAAAACAAAUCCUGUAUAUACAGGACUAAUAUAUGAUCACCAAUUAGAUACUACUAACAUAGCUAAUCUAUAAAAAAAAGGGGGGGGGGCUAAAGAGUAGGAAUAGUAAGAACAAGCUAAUCAAAAUACAGUGGGACCUUGGUUUACAAACGCCUCGGUUAACAUAAUUUUCGGUUUACAAAUGAAAAUCCAUUGAAAAUAAUGCCUCGGUUUACAAUUUUUUUUCACAAUGCAAAGCAAGUUUCCACAGGAUGCAUUGCACCUGGGAGGUUUAUAGCACCGCCCCCUGCGUGCUGAAGCCUGUGGGUAGCACGUGGCAUUGUGUGUGGAGGUGUUGGAGCGGAUUUUGCAUCGAGUUUUGGAGCCAUUCUGGAAAUUGUUUUCAGUUGUUUUGUGACUUUUUGUUGCAUUUCUCAAGCUGUGGAAAGGUAGGGAGCUGAUCUUUGUCGUUUGCAUACCUUUUAUUGUGUGUUCUGCAUUGUGGGUUGGUUUCCAUGCCAGCUCAUUUUGACUUUUUUCUGACCUCCAGUACGGAUUAAUUGGUUUUCAAUGCAUUCCUAUGGGAAACCGCUUUUCGGUUUACAAAUGUUUCGCAAUAAGAAACGUCCCGGAGAACGCAUUAAAUUUGUAAACAAAGGUCCCACUAUAGUUAUAACUAAUCAGGUAAUGAAUAUGGAUGAGCAUUAUAACAGUAUCAAAUUCAAGUAUUCUAUAUCCUAUGAAAAUGCGGAUAUGCAGAAUAUAUAUGCAAAAAAAAUCUAGCACCAAAUAUAAAAAUAAACAGUCUGUUCAUAGGCACAGUUGGUCCAAUUCCUUAUUAAGCCCAUUUGGGCUUAGGUUAUUUAAUGGAUAUAUCCAUUUGGACUCUGCGCCUAUGAGGACUCUUUUAUGUGUAGCGACAUGAAUCAUUUUUGGUAUUGGUUCAAUACCCAUAACAGAAAGCUCAAAGGGAUUACUAUUGCGCACAGAUAGAAAAUGUUGUGCCACCGAAGAUUUUUAUUUUAUUUUAUUUUUUUAUAUUUGUGUUCCCUAAACCGUACUUUCAAAGCUCUUGUGGUUUGGCCAACAUAUUGCAAGCAACAUUUGCAGGUAAGAAGGUAAACAACAAAGAAGGAAUUACAAGUAAUCCUAUCAUUAAUGGAAAAUGAAUUUCCACCCAUUGCAGACCCAAAGUGUGUGGUUUUAUGACAAAUCUAUAUGUGCAUGUGAGACCUCUAAGACUCCAACAUCUGAAGUUCCCUGCUAGGUGAUUCUUCUUAGGCCCGAUAGUACCCUCAGGGCUAUACUUAGAAAGAACCAAGAUAUUUUUAAAAAGUUUGCUCUUUCUAAAAGUGACCCUCGAUUUGUCAGGAAUACUGAAUUUGAGCCAAGGUUCUAGCUUUAAAAUAGGCAAGUGUUUAUAUAAAAUUACUAUAAUCUCUUCAAAAGCACAAUUAAACACAGUGGUGAAGAUUAGACCCUUGUUGUGGGAGACAUCCUUAGUACUCAGUUAUAUUUAUGUUGAGGAAUCUUAGUACUAGAUCUAGCUUCCUCCAACAUAUGAAUGAUCUCAAUGUGUAUAAAAGACUCCUGUCUUGGGUCAUGAAUUGUCAGCGAAUCCUCCACUAAGCCAGGUAAGGGAGAUGAGAUUAAUCGGUAUCUCUCCAGAUUCCUGGCUUUAAUAUUGGCUGAAAUGAUGGCCUUUAUCCAAAAACCAUAGGCUCAGGGUGUGAGUCUCUUCUUUAAAAUCAUGGAGGGAAGAACAGUUCCUACGUAAUCUCGUGAACUGGCGCAAAGGAACAUUGGCGAUCCAAGUAGGAUGGUGGCCACUAGUAGCAUGUAGGAACCCAUUCACAUCUACCUUUUUCUGAAAGGUUUUAGUGCAGAUCUGCUCUUUACCUCCCCAUAAAAGUAGAUUCAGAAAAUCCAUCUUGGAUUUAUGUUUGUAGUAAGUAAAGGUCAAUCCCCAAUCAUUCAAAUUGAGGUGGGAUAUAAACUCCUCAAAGGGAUUACUAUUGCACACAGAUAGAAAAUGUUGUGCCACCGAAGAUUUGUUUAUUUUUUAUUUUAUUUUUUUAUAUUUGUGUUCCCUAAACCUUACUUUCAAAGAUCUUGUGGUUUGGCCAACAUAUUGCAAUCUCCUCAAUCUCCAACCAAUCCCCUUUCCAAAUGAUAAGGAUAUGCUGUAUCCACCCAAAGUAUCUAGGCAGGGUAAUCUCCAUUAUACAUUGGAUUCAGGUCUCGUGGAGGGGCCCCUCCACUGUUAAGUACCCCCACUGGAGUAUUCGAUUUAUUCAUAUAUCCAUAUAGGAUUUUAUGUAGGGUUAUUACUGUGGUACUGUUAUGUUAUAAGAUGUUUUUAAAACAUUUUUAGGAAAUAUUUUGCACAUUAUAGAGUACAUAAUAUUGUUGACAUACACCCUUUUUAUGCUUGCUUUUUUACUCCGGUCAAGUUUUCUUUGACCUGCAGUUAGGAUAAUACAUUGUGUCAUUACAUUCUGUGCAAAGUUAUUUCUUAUGCCACUCUGAUAGAGUUUUCUACUUGAUAACAUUUUAGGUGGCAGUUGUUUAAACAGCAUUACCACCUCAUAUGUCACUAAUUAUAUCAUUGUUGCAUUUUAUGUUUUGGGGCAGCUUGUGUUCUUUUUUGUGUACUUGUUUCAUUAAAAUGUAUAUUUUAUAUGGAUUAUACUGAUUCUAAGAUCUUAAAUUGUUUAGCAGCGCUCACACUUUUUAUAUAAAUAUAUAUAUAUAUAUAUAUAUAUAUAUAUUUAAAAUAUAUAUAUUGCAAUUUUUGAUCCUUUAGAUCACAUAUGUAGAUCACAAUUUAAGAGAUAAGUUGACAUCUUUAUUUUUCUGCUUUUAUUUUUUCCUCGAAAAACAGGAUACUUUAAGUUAAAAACAUUUCACAGAAUCUCACAUAAAGUACUUAAGGUCUUAUUCAGUAAAUAGUUAGAAAAUGUGUUCCGGUUUUGCAGACUUAAUUUGCAUUAAAAUUUACUACCGCAAUUGUUUAGUGAAUAAACCCUUUUGCUUUUAAUGUGAUGUUAAAAAGGCACUUUGAGCACCAUAACUACUGUGGUAGAAAAUGGCAAUAGGCACUAUUCCAAAUGUUUUGUCAAACAUUUUAGAGUAAUCUAACUGAAAACAGGGCUCUCACUCUCUCUCCAGUCACAUUAAUAAUGCAGAAUAUACACUUCAGCAUUACCAAUAUAAAUGGCAUCCAACCAGCAAAAUGUUUUACAAAAAUGUGGGAUGCCUCCAAUACAAUCUGUGCAUUAUAAUCAUUAUACUGAGUUGUGGUAGUUAUGGUACUUAAACUGCUCCUUUAAGAAAACUUUUCAAAACUAUUCUAUUCAUCACAAAAUAGAUAGUAUUAUGUUAUUAUUUUUGGUACAAUUUAAUUACAAUAUCAACUCAAUAAAUAGCACAAUUAAAACUAGAAUCCUACACUUACCUUAUCUAACUAUUCUUUGUGUGUAUAUUCUAGGUCGAAGAAGCUGUGCUGGGGAAAACUUGGCUAAAAUGGAAUUGUUCCUGUUUUUUACAAGACUUAUGCAAACAUUUACAUUCCGGCCUCCACCUGGUGUAGAGGUUGAUCUCACCCCUGAAUGCGGUGUCACUUUAAGCCCAUCUGCGCAUGAGAUCUGUGCUUUGCCGCGUAACUAG